AUCCACCAUGGCUGGUACCAAGAAGGUCUCGGCCUCGGCAUCUUCAACAAACAAGUCUUAUUUUAAUUUAAUUAAAAGGAUGAUAUCAGAUCCUGCAUAUCCUCUACCAGCAAUGAUUGCCCUUUUACUUGCAGAAGUUGUUGUGAACCUAUUGGUUAUCGUUAAAAUAAAGUGUAAGUUUACUUUUUAGUGCAUGUGGCCGUGGCAUGUAAAUUUCAAAUAAAUUUGUCCCCUUGUUGCCUUGUAAAUUGUAAAUCAUGAUGAUGAUGUCUGACAUGAAUGUCAUAUGCAUUUUUAAAUUUUAUAAUUAUGUGAAACUAUUCGUCGGAAUCGAUGAGUGUUAAUAAUUAAUAAUACCAUGAUUUUAUUCAUGCCAAUAAUGCACAAUGGUUGAUGAUGAUGCGAUGGAUUCUGUUUCAAUAUUUUUGUGUGCAUAGUCAUAGUGCAUGCAUUAGAUGCAAGUUGAGAUGAAGGGAUGGAUGAGACAUCUCAAACUACAUGACAUAACAAAGUCAAUGAGUAUUACUAUCACUGUAUUACCAUAGUAGGGUGAACCCAGGCAUUUUUGGCAUGUCUCUCCUUUUGUGCCUUGUAGCUGCUGUUCUGUUGGGCCCAUGUUGUAUGGCAUGGAGUAUGGAGCAUUUAUGAUUGUUUAAAGAAGAAUACCACAAUGCACAGUCCUUUGUUUAUAUUGAUGAAUCCGGCUAAAAGGAAGAUGGGGCUAAUGUAAAGAGAUAGCACCCUGGUUCCGAUAGGGUCAAAACCCAGGUUAAGGAAAAGAGGCUUUCAAAACUCGCCCAAACAACAAUGAAGAUCGUACCAAACUUAUACUAACCUACCACCCUCACAAUUUAACUGCCAAAAAAAUAUUCCUAAAAAAUCGUAGCAUACUUCUUGCUGACCCUGAUAACAACAGGGUUUUCUCAUCUCCUCCACUGAUUGUCUAUAGACGGGACAGAAAUCUAGGUGAUCUUCUGGUUCAUAGUUGCCUUUGAUCUGAACCGUCUUACGUUGGUACUAAACCAUGCUUAAGAGGCCGCUGCAGGACUUGUCCCUUUACACUCCAAAAUGAAAACAUUGGCCUCCCUAAAGGUACCUUUAUCAUUAAAGAGGGUUUCACCUGUGUCAGCAGAAAUGUAAUAUAUGCGAUUGUUUGCCGUAGAUGCCAAUCUAGUUACAUAGGGGAAGAUGCCAAUCUAGUUACAUAGGGGAAACUGGGAGAAGAUUGGCUGAUAGGUUUACUGAACAUCUAAGGGAUAUUGAGGAAUGUAAACCUUCCCUGGUCUCUUCUCAUUUCAACCGAAAAGAACAUAAAGGUGCAUUGGAUGUGACCAUUACGGCACUGAUUUCAUGCAGUAACACACCAGAUAGGGUUAAAAUGGAAAAUAAAUUUAUUCAGCUGUUUGGCACCAUAUCUCCAUAUGAUAUUAAUCAAAUAAUAUCCUACUGAUGUUUCUCUGUUUCCCUAUAUUUCAUCUAUUUUCUUAUUGCUGUGUGUUAAUGUAUCCCUGGAUAUUCUGGUCCAUUAUUAUUGUGGACUUUAUUUUUCACAUUGUCAAUAUUUAUAUUCUCUCGCUUCCUGUUUUCCCACUUCCGGAGACACGAAUGAAUACUGCUUGAGUUGUCUACUGUGCUCUUUUCUUUGUUAUAUUUUCAUUUCUAUUGUUGGCUGAGGAAGACUUUAUGCCAAAACGUCCUUGUUUUUUGUCCUGUUAUCUUAUUUCAAGCUUCCACAUACCUCGUUUCGCUAUUUCAUUCAUUUACCAAGCUUGAAAGCAGUCCUUUCAUUUAUAUCUUAAGGCUAAAAAUAGGUUUAGGGUUCAGGUUAGGUUUAGGGAUUCAUUUAGGGUUAAGGUUAGGUUUAGGGAUACAUUUUGGGGUUCAACCGUUCUGGUUAGGUUUAGUUUAGGGAUACAUUUAGGGUUCAGGUUUGGUUUAGGGAUACAUUUUAGGGUUCAGGUUAGGUUUAGGGAUACAUUUACUUAGAUUUAGUGACAGAAUUAACUGCUCUUGUCAACCAAGAUGGCGGCCAAUCAUGGCAUCCUAUCUUCCAAUUUACCAUGAAUCCUUUCAGUGAGGCUUUUGGUUAUCUUAAUAGUUUUUAUUUUGUUCAUGAUCAUACUGCCUUCAAUGCUCGAGCUCGCCUUGAAAUAUUAUUUUGCUAAAGCAGUUGUCUGACAUUCUCAUGACAUGACACAGUUUACAAAGCUGUGACUGCAUUAAAAUGGUAAAGAUGCUGGCUGCCUGUGUGAGUACCUAUGUCUGGGACCCUGUACUUCCUUUUGAUGUUGAGGAAUUUCUGGUUCAACUUCUUAGCAUUGCAUUGAUAGACUGUCCAUGUUUCACAGACAUAAAAAAGCCUAGGAAGCACUGCCACCUUGGAGAGGUAUCAGCACUCUAACUAAAAUAAAAGCCUACACUGUUAUAAUUUAAUUUAUAAACUUAAAAUUUAGAUCAGUAAAUGGACUGGUAGGGUAGGGAAAGUGCUCCCUUCAUCAAAUUGGCUUGGGCCUAUGCAUAAUUCAAUGUAUACUUGACGUAGCAACUUAAUUGUAUAUCUCAUAUUAGCUUCAGAACCUGCAGAAAACCUCUAUUCACUCCGUUCCCUCUUUUAGUCUCAGUUGCUGGUUUUUUAAAUACUGAACACAGCAAAUUGUAGACAUUUGUAAAAGAAUUUUUGAAUAAAUUAUAAUCUGUUAAUGACUUGUUUUCUGCGGAAAUACGACCUGGAAAACCUAAUUCACACAUGGCUCAACUCAUAAAAUCUAAUUUAAAUGAUCUUACUCCCUUUCAAUAAACAUUUUCAUUGUCAUCAGUCUGGUUUAUCAAUAUAGUCAUAUUGUACUAUUUAAUAAUAAUGUUUAUUAAAAAGCUGAUUGAUCGUACUAUUUAAUAAUAAUGUAUCACUUAGCCUUUUAACCGUUUAUUCUUUCUUAACCAUUUAUUACAUUCAGUUCUUUACCUACCAUUUCAUUCAUUGGCCGACCUGUUUACCCUCAAACUCUUAAAAUUGUACAAUAUGGUCACAAAAUCAUUCAAUACAUUAUCUUAAUAGUAAAAAAAUAAACAUACAGUAUAUAUAAUGUAUACACUUCAAAAUUGUACUAUGUACCGGUACGCCAAAAUCAUAAGAGUAAACAGGUCUGGAUUGGGGUGAGAGCAAGGUUAGUUAUAAAGAGCUUUCUGAUCCAUUCUGGUCAGGGGGCGGUGUCAUGUAUCUGUGAUGAAAAUGUCUAAUUUGCAUACAAAUUUUAACCAUGGCCCCUGUCAAAAUUAGUCCAAUAUAGCAUUAUGUCAUUUAUGGAUGGCCCCCAAAUUAAGUGGCUUGAACACAUGGUAAAUAUUGUUGAUCAACUUUCCAACUUAUUUUUUAAAUUUUUUUUUUAUCAAUUUCUGUUAAUGUGAAAUCAUUUAAAGUUGUUGAAUAAUAUUUCCAAUGCCUCAUUUGCAUGUCCAUCAAUUUCUUAAUGACAGAUCUUUUACCAAAGGGGCCAAUGCUUAUAACAAACAGAUUAUUCUUAAUAACUAAAUAUUCUUCUUAAUAGAAUCAUGGGUACUCAUAUUAAUGAAUAUUUCUAUGGAUACAUUGUUCAUUGAUCCUUUUUUGUGUUUCUCUUUUGGUUAAAAAAUUAAAAAAACCAUGAUCAUCUUCUGCCUGUUAGUUCCCAUUGAAAACAGACAUGUAUUACAUGGCUAUCUGCAUAUAGAUAAUUACACAAUAUGCUCUAGCUUAUUAUACCUAUGGCAUGCUGUAGGUCUAAAUUUCAUUUACUGUUGAUUUAUCUAGAUACAGAAAUAGAUUGGGUGGCCUACAUGCAAGAGGUGGAAGGAGUUGUGAAUGGAACUUAUGACUACAUGGAACUGAAGGGAGACACUGGUCCAUUAGUGUAAGUUCUUGUAUUGAGGAUGUUUAAUUAUUAUUACUAAUACUAGCCAAUAUACCCGGCGUUGCACAGUUAUUGCAUUAGGACUCCAUCCUUGUGUGACCCCGAUUCCAUUGGAACCCUAAUCCCAUUCUGACAUCGAUCCCGGUGCAGUUCCGUUUCCCGGUUUUAUCCCGAUCCCGGUGGACCCAUUCAAGGUUGGGAUCUUGAUCCAGGUGGGAUCCCAUUUUCUGGUGGGAUCCUGAUCCCUUUGGGAUAAAGAUUGUGGUGGUAUCCCGUAUAAAAAAAAAUUACUCAGUGUUACUGAGAGAACAGUAAACUCCGGGACAAUAUAGAAAUGAAUAGAAUUAACUAAAAUUUCAUUAUCCCUUAGAUUCCACUAUAUAUCCUUGUGGAACAAUUUAGAACUUUCUGGAACAUUCUAGAUUAAAUUUAAUAGCCUGCUCGAAACAUGUGUAAAACUACUUUUCUAAUUGUUUUUUGAAAAGAUAAAAAUCUUAAACAAAUAACAUAAUUAUAAUCCUUUUUCUUUUAAGUUAAUCAUGGGGCCCCUGGGAGGCCCAUUCCAUAAUUGUACCGAUUUAGCUUUGCCUGAGAUAGGGGGUCCUAUAAAUAUCAAACGGAUAAAUAAUAGAGUUAAAAUUUAAAAUGUGUCCCAUUAAAAUCUACUUAAAAAUGCCAUAGUUAUAGCUUUUUAAAAGUAUCGAACUUUCUGGAAAAUUCUAGAUCGACCUGAAUGGAUUGGAUAUUAUUAGUUUUAUUUCAAUAUGGACAAUGAAGUGUAUUGCUACCACGUUAGGCUUAAAUCCAUCAAUUGUCAUAGAAACUAUAGUGUUGUCUAAUCCCAUUGAUAUUUAUAUAGGCUAUAUAAGAAAAAAUGAAAUUGGGCCCCCGGCCCCAGAGGAAUGGAUAUUAUGAGUUCAGUACCCUUCGGUAUUUAAAUAUGGAUAAUAAAGUGUAUGUAUACUAAGUUUGGUCAAGAUCAUCAUUUCAUGUAGGAGUAUUAAGCCUAUUGAUAUUUAUAUAGGUUAUAUAAGGAAAAAUGAAAUGGGGCCCCCGGCCCCAGAGGGAUGGAUAUUAUGAAUUUAGUACCCUUCGGUAUUUUAAUAUGGAUAAUAAAGUGUAUGUGUUCUAAGUUUGGUAAAGAUCCAUCCAUUCGUGUAGGAGUAUUUGUUGUUAAUUUUUUUUAUAUAGCUUAUUUAGGAAAAAACAACAUUUUCGGCCCCUGGCACCAAACAGAAUGUUAUAAAAAGUUUAUAUCCCCUUAAGAGUUCCUCCUGGAUCAUGAUGGAUAUAUGUGCCAGACACCGCCACAAACAUUCACUUUUAUAUAUAUAUGUAUAUAUGAUUAAAACACAAUAAUGAAAAAAUUGAGCCGCCUUAUAAAUUAUCAAAUAUGGAGGAACAGAGACAAAUUUCAGAUAGGAAGUUGUCAGUCUUCCGCGGUUUUUAUUGAAAGCACCUUCUUUGAUUCUCAUCAGUAUUCAUCUGAGAAUAAAGUUUAAGUCGAAAGUUCAUCUUUAAUUAAAAAAUGAGCCAAGCAUUGCAUUUCUUAGGCAAAGAAGGAAAGCAGAUAUUUUCAUUUUGUCACAGAAAUUCUCAUUGAAGAGUAGGCCAGUUUAAUAUGGUCAGCUAAGUGGCUAUAGGAGUACCUACUACAAAGGCCAAUAUAACUGAUGAUCUGUCUGAAAUCAUAUUUCUAAAACUGAUCAUCAGUCGUCCCCCCCACCCUCUCCCCCCAAAACGACACCACAUUAUUAUUAUCCCCCGUUUGAUUGUAAAAUAAAUAUAAAUUUAAGAAUAGCAUAUUUGAUUAUUAAAUAUUUAUUAUACUUAAUUUGAUAUAAUUGAAUAAGUAUUAUUAAUCUAGAUAUAAUUAAAUGAUUGAAAACAGAUAUCGAAAUUACUAUUUAACAAGGAUUAUAUUUUCAGAUAUCCUGCUGGCUUCGUAUAUGUAUUUAUGGGACUUUACUUCUUGACCGAUCUUGGUGUCAACAUCACUCGAGCACAGUACAUUUUUGCAGGAUUAUACAUUAUAAACCUCUUAGUUGUGUUUGACAUCUACAGGCAAGCUAAAAGGGUACAUUUUUUUUCAAUUAUUAAAUAUUUUAAACUUAAUUUUUUAAUUUUUAAAAACAUGCAAGCAAAUGAUAUUAUGAGACCUGCCAACGUAUCUGAUUUUGUAGGAAUUAUACGGAUAUUUUACUUCUCCUUCCGACAAACCCCUUACAAUUCAGAAUUUUCUAACUUAAUAGUUUUUCACCCAUCAUAAAAAUCCGAAAGGGAAAAAAAACAACACAGGUAUGACAGGAAGUGUUGCAUUUGUUUUUACGAAGUGCAUACAUGUCCGGCGACCGAAAGAUUAACUGAAUAAGUUCUUGAGAUAUUCAUCCUGCUUUAUAUAUUUGACCAAAUCACAUGUCCAGCUUAACAAAGUUGCACGAGAUAUUAAUUAUGCGCGAGAUAUUAAUUAUACGCGAGAUAUUUGUCCGUCAGCCAUGUCAUGUGACAGCUAAUCGUAGAUCAGAGUUUAAAGUACUUCAUUUAAACAAAUUCAAGAUAGUCUGGACAUUUACAUGAAAAAAAAAUAUGUUUAAUUCUACAAAAGAAAUACUAGUACCAUUGCUACCAAUAAACAAUUGGUUAAAAAGUGAAGUUUUUUUAAAUAAAGCGUGGCUUGCCCGCCAGAUGAAUAUCUCCCGCACUAUUUGUCCAGUCGCCUGACGUGUAGACACUGCCUUGUUUUUAUUGAAGCGAACAGCGAUCUCCAAAUCAUUCUUCAAUCAUCAAUUGAUCCGAUUGUGAUUCAUCCAUUUACUAAGCUAAUAAAUAAUUCAGCCUUUUUUUUUUUGUUAAAGCUUUUGUUAAAUAAAUGGUUAAAUCUAUUGAAAAGUGGUGGGAACAAUGAUAUUAAUAAACAUAUAAACAUAUUUCUCCCCCCCCAAAAGUAACAUACAACUGCAGCUAAAAUUAAAAGUAAAAGUUAUCCAUGUCUAAUUAAAAAUUUCUUUGCUAAGGAAUCGGACAAUUAUGUUAUCAGAUCGUUUUAUUUACCACCUUUCUUAUUGAAGGAAAGAUUUCUCUAGCCAACUCCGAUCGUUUUAAUGGCAGAGUCAAAACAAGAUUGUGAAGAAAAAUUACAUUGAAACAAGGGCAAGCAUGAAAGUUGAUACUCUUUCUAACUUGCUUAUAACUAAAAUCAAGUGCAAUGCUAACCUUCAGUUGUCCAAAGAGCUGUUGGACAAGUGCAAAAAGGCCACAAGGAAUAUGUUGGAAAAUUGAACUCUUAACAGCCUAAGCACAUAUGUAAAUAAAUAAAAUGGAUCUUCUGUCCUGUACUGUAAAUAUCUGUAAAUAAACAUUUCCAGUCUGAGGAUUCUUCAAAGACAAUGGAGGUAACUUUAUAUUUUGUUAUUUAUUUAACAAAAAGGCUUGUGCAUUAGUUUAUAGAUUUGAAACCAGGGCCCCCCAGAGCAGAGCGCCGCCCCCCUUGCAUGCACUCCCCUACAGAUUUUUUUUUUCUUGGCAGAUUGGCUGGUCUGUAUUAUUUACCAUAAUGUUUAGUAAGUUUUGGUGAUUUUAGAAUGAUUGCCACUUGCAAAAUUUUGCUAGAUGAAAAUGGAAAGGAAAUAAAGCAUUUUUUAAAGUGUUCUAUUAAUGAUUUACAAUCUUUUCAAUGUAAAUAGAUUAUUAGUCAGAUAAUUAGUUAAACUAAUAUAUAUAAGCUAUACACAUAUAAGGUACUUUCUACAUGUAACAUUGAGUUCAAUAGCGUACAAAAUAUAAUUCCAGAAAACUACACAAAACAAUAUGUAUAUUUGUGUUCAGAGGCAGCGAAAGAUUAAGACUCAGAUUAAAUGGGAUUCUUGAAAUCAAUAAUUUCAAUAAUAGUCAGUUCUUUUACAGAAAUCGAAUAAAUUAAAAUCUGAUAAAAGAAAUCUGCUUUUAUGCAAGUACAUGUAAUCUUAAAUAUUUAAGCAUUAUUAUUAUAAUUUAAAUAAAAUUUAAUAUAUGAAAGAAUUAUUUAAAAUAUUUAUCAGAAUUUGAGAUUUUUAGAUAUUGAAUAAAAGAUGUUUGUCAUUCUUUACUAUCAUCUAUGUAUUACUUUUAUAAAUUUGCUUUUAAUUUGAAAGGCAUUUUAAUUUUUACAAGCAAAAUCUUAUAGCACAUAUUUUAUAAUCUUUUUACAUUUUAAGGGUGGAUAAAAUGUGGAGUUUAUAUUAAUAGUUUUGAUGUACUUGGGUGACAUUGUUUCCACCAUUAUAAUAUCUCAAAACCUUAAGACAUUACAGACUUGAAUAUUGGCAUAUAGGCAAUGCAUUUUAAGAAAUGUUCAAUUAUUUUCUACUUUUUAGUGUAUUUUAACUCGGUUUUAAUAGCAUUUCUAUAGAAAAUCUUUUAAAAAUAUUGUUAAAAUUAAAACUGGUUUUUAAAUUUAUUUUACUUUCUUUUACAGAUUCCACCAUAUGCAUUAUUCUUCAUGUGUGCUUUAUCAUAUCGGAUUCAUUCAAUCUUUGUUCUGAGGCUCUUCAAUGAUCCUGUAGCCAUGUUAUUCUUGUACAUGUCAGUGAAUUUAUUUAUGAGGUGCCACUGGUCUUGGGGGUGCCUAUUUUAUAGGUAAGUGCAAAUUGAAUUCAGUUGAUACCUUUUAGAAUGCUAUUGAAAUUAUCAUGAAGUUAAGUGCCACAUCUUUAUUUCUUUACAGCCUGGGAGUGUCUAUCAAAAUGAACCUUUUGCUAUUUGCUCCAGCCUUACUAUUUCUUCUGGUUGUCACACAAGGUAUUAAAGGAACAAUAAAACAUCUCACAAUAUGUGGUUUGCCUCAGGUUAGUUCAUGAGCAAAUAUUUUAAGUCAGGAUUAUAUUAAUAUACAUAUUUAUGUUGUUUCACAGAUUAUUAGUUUUCAACCUUUUUCUAAUGGGGCACGCUAAAGAAAAUAAUUUGUCUUUGCGGCAACCCUCCAAAUUUUACUUUGCAGGACAUAUUUAAACUAACACAGGUAAAAAGGAUUGUGUUAUGAAAAGCAUAAGCCUUUCUGCAUCACUGGCAUAGACACAUUGAUGUCUUUUUACUAGUUUCGUAGGUGCAAACUUAUCAUUUGCUGUCCUCCACAACUUCAUGAUGUCAUCUUGCUGUUGUUUUACAAAGAAACUUUACAGUGUGUUGAAAGCUGUAGAACCUCUCAGCAGUGGAGGGAAGGCAGUGUUGUGUGCAACCACAAUAAAUGCCAUCAAAUUUUUCUCCAUAUUCCUCCAGUGCUUUCAAGGACUGUAGCAAGAUGUUGUACAUCCAUGCCAACGAGGUGUACAACCUGGAAGCUGUUGAGAGCUUCUCAUCAUCUCAUGCUCAGUGUUGAUUUCAGAUGAAUGGCAGUUGUACCAAAGCAACAGCAUCUAUGGCCAAAUUUAACAUGAGUUUUUGAAAUAACUCCAAUGAGGACGAAACUGCACAUCUUUUAAAUGCCUUUGCACAAAGUACAUACUUAAAAGAGAAACAAUAUUUAGCUCUUCUUUUGGUACUUUGUUCAAGCUAUGAGUAGAAACGAUAAUAAAGAAGAAUUUGGCCAUCAAGCAUAUGAAUAAUGAAUUCCAAAUAUACGGUGUUUUUGUUUUGUUUGAGCUCUUGAAAGUUGAGAAUUUAUAUUGAGGCACCUUUUGGAUUUCAUGUCAACCUCACUGAAAGCCAUUGAUUUAGGUCAUGCAUACAAAGGUUUAAGGUACACAAUGUUGAAUGAUCUAGGUUGUUAAUAUUUAUUAUACAUUUUCUUAAAAAUUAUGAGAAAUUUUCAAUUUUUUCCUCAGAUCAUUCUUGGGCUUCCCUUUCUCAUUUCCAAUCCAACUGGCUACAUAAUGCGAUCCUUUGACCUGGGCCGUCAGUUUUUCUAUAUAUGGACAGUAAAUUGGCGAUUAUUGCCUGAGGAAAUUUUCCUAAAUAGAUACUUUCAAGCUGGCCUUCUUCUAGUUCAUGUUUUCACCAUCUGUUUAUUCCUGUGGUUUAGAUGGAGAAGGUAUAUUCUUUUAAAUUUUCAAUGCUGUAUUUGCUGUGUCUAUAGCAUCUAAAUUGUAUUGUUCAUCUCCAUUUUUUGUGUGUGUUUUUUUGCCUGUUUAUUUUUGUCUUAUGUGAGGUCAUGUUUAUAAAAUUGAAAUUUCAGAUGUUUCCCAUCUUUAAAGAUCCAAUGGUCCAACAAAAACUUGAAACAACACCUAAGUCCUGAUCAUAUCCUUUUUCUUGUACAUAAAUAAAUUAAUAGACUACUUUCUUGUUUAGUUAAUGGAAUACUAUAAUAACGCUUACAUAGGUGCUACAGACUUUUGCAUGUAUUGCCGUACAUUCUUUUUUCUUUCAACGUUUUUUAUUCUUAGAACAUGCUAUGAUUUUACACAAUGGUAAGAAUUACAUUUCCUAAUAUACUGCAGAGCUGACAAGGAAUUUAUUAUUAAUUUCUAAAAGUGACCUGACAUUUUCAAUAAAUUCUUACUUCUAGAAUUUGAAGUAGCUGCCCCUAUUAAAGUGAAACAAUUUGAUUUAAAGACUAGAUUUGUUUUAUAAAAAUAUGUUUUUAUUCAUAUGAAGUCUCUUAAAAGCAGUUGAAUACAUGCUAACGCUGACAAUUCUCCUUAAUUAAAGUACAGAUUUUAUUCCCCCUGUUCACUGCUAAUUUUAUAGGGAUGUGUUUUAGUAGAUCACUGCAUUACCAGUUCUAUGUCUGGUACUUUCACAGUCUGCAUUACUUGGUCUGGUGUACACCAUAUCCAGACGUUGUGAGGUCAGUACUUAUAAUACAGUGCACACUCACCCCCCCCCCCCCCCCCCCCCCCCCCCCCCCCCCCCCCCGCAGACCAGUAAAAGGAAUAUUUUUAAGGCCCCUAGUAAAUGGAAUUUUAUAGUUUAAUUCACUAUUAAGGUCCUUUCUAAAGGAAAUUUUGUCGCCUGUUGCUCUUUGUCUAUUCUCAUAGCCAUGCACGUGGUGUAUGGGGUAAUUUUGUGACAAUUAUUUCUUACGGCUGAACCGUGGCUGGUGUAAUAACCCCUCUUUCUUUCACCCAAUUACAACUUGUGGGUGUUAUCAGACUGUAAUAUGUUAACAGGAAAUAGGCAUAAUGGAUAUUCUUAUUUUAAAAAACAUAUUUUCCAAAAACAUAAAUCUCAAGUUACCUGGUAGGUUUUUGUUUUAAAAUGACCCCUAAUUUAAUUACUUAUCUUAAUAAAUUUUAUUUUAUGCUUAUCUGACUUCGAGUUUGAACCACAUUAAAUUUCACCAGUAACUUUAUUUUUACCAGUGACGGACUGAGAUAGUGUGAUCUGCACGUUCACCUAAAAUUAAUAUCUAUAGCUGAGACACGUCUGCAAAAAAAGAAAAAGAAAAGGGGGACAGCAGAUUGCAUUUUAGAAGAUACUUUUUUUUUUUACGUCAGCUUAACUAGAGCAAUUCAAGUAGUUAUUGUAUAGAUUAUAUAUACUGUUUGUUUAUUUAUUUACAAUUAAGGCAAGGUACUGUAUUUAACGAUUUUGAGACAAUAUUUUACGAUUUUAAUGUUUAGAGAUAACAUAGUAGUGCAAAACAAAUAUGCAAAAUAGCUAAUUCCAUCAGAAUGAGGAAAAUAAUUCCAGAGACAAAGAGUUAAAGCUAAAACAUGUUAUUGAAAUAACUAUUGCUGGUAUUUGUCAGCAUGAGAAAUGGCUAAAAUAUGUUAAACUUAUUUGAUUUAUAUAACUUUUUACAAAUUCUAUUUCACAUAUUUGCAGGAUUCUUUUAUUGGGUGUUAUUGAGUUCUGCUGGAACACUUAUCCUUCUACUGUCACAAGUAGCAGCUUACUCCACGUCAGCCAUGCAGCUAUUUUAAUUGGACUAUGGUUGGUUAUUGUAAAACGAACUUUGCAGCCUGGGAAACACUCUGUUUCAACCAAAGACACAAGUAUUGGCAAGGUCAAGGUUGGAUGAGCAAGAAUUAAUGGUUUGCUUUUAUCUUCUAAAUUAUUUGAGGAGAAAUGUAAUUCCCAAUAAUCAAAUUACGCUAUUAAAAAAAAUCUGAGAUUAUGAGGUUUUGUAUCUUGUAGUGAAUCAAGGUGCCUUUUCAGUGUAUUUACAUGUAUAUAAUUAAGGAAGUUGUCAAGAAUUUCUUAUUUACUAUAGUGUUUGAUUUUGUCGACUCCGUUGUCUAGGGGGGUAUGAUCAUUUACUACACACUGUCACUGUACACUAGUACACAAGAGUACACGAACACUGGACUCAAGAGUUAUUACUAGUAAUUAAUAAUGAGCUUUAUUAUCAUAAUCUACAACAAUCUAAUCUAAGUAUCCUCCCAUGAGUACUGUGGGUUCUGCUAACAAGUUUAGCCAAAGAACCACACAUACAACAUGGAUCACAACACUACUACUAUUUACUAUUACAAACACCAACUAACAAACACUACCUAACAAUAACGCUGAUGCGUUCAGCGUCCUACCCCACUCGCUCUCCCUGCUCAACUGACCACCUGCACACGCUACCGAACUACCCCCUUUCCCUUUGUACCCCUACGCUAUACCAGAACUUAUAGUUCGCCAGGGACAAAACAGGCGCUCAGGGAUUCGAACAACUUGACAGAAGUGAUUUCUUUUGUAUUUAAUUAUAUUGGAAUGACUAGAGUAAUGGUUAUCAACCCUGAGACAGCACUCCUGCUCACAUAUAUGUACAGUAUACCUGUGGCAUUAAAAAAUAUGUUAUCGGAAUUUGUUUGAAAGAAAUUUCGUCGACGGAAAAUUGAUCGGCGGAUAUUUGAUAGAACGGAAGUUUGUUGUAUUUUUUUUUUCAGUUCACACAAUCAAAUUUACUAUAUAGUAAAACAAAAUAAUGCGUUCAAAAAGAAAUUUGAUGCAAAAUUAAAUCAUGUGAACUGGAAAAAAAUUCGAACAAACUUCGGUUUGAUCAAAUUUCCGUAGAUCAAUUUUCCGUCGACGAAAUUUCUUUCAAACAAAUUUCCGGAUAAUUUCCGGCUACAGUUACAAAGUACUGAACCCAUGAAAUUUUUUAGUGUAUUGUAGUUUCUUCAGGCCGACAUCUUUAAAUUAAUUUGUGCCGACUUUCAUUGGCAUGUCUUCUCACAAUCAUGGACAUUACGUAGUUAAAGUCGGUUGGGAAUUUAUAUUACAACCUUAAUAUUUAUUUUAAUGAUGUUGGAUUUUUUAUUAAAAAAAAAGGGGCUUAAAAGAAAAAUAUUAAUGCAGUGUAACUCACAAUAGUAGCCAGCUGAGCGGGUGAAGCAGUAGAAAGACAGUCAAGAUGUUGAUGAAACACUCAUCUCCACUCAAUUCACAGUAUUUCCACCUGCAUCUGCAAUGCGCCACUCUUCCACCUUUUCAAAAGUUUCUACACAUCUAUAUUCAGAACUCUUCACCAAAGGUUCAGUUCUCUACCUCUUUUAUUUGGCCCUGGAGACUAUUUGAGAGACUUCAUUGUAAAACUAAAUCUUUCCUUUCUCAUUGUGUGGCCUAUUCAUCUCUGUUUAAUAUUGUUUUGUUUAAUUUUUCACUCCUCAAGGUCAAUUUUUGAAUUUCCCCAUAUGAGAAUCUAGUUGGCAGAUUAAAUUUUUAAUUAAUUACACUUUAAAUAAUUUCUUGCAUUAGAAAAUUUGACAUUAUCUUAUUGCGAACUGUUAAAACAUGGUUCUCAAGUAGGCAUAACUUUCAUAGUCUAGAGAUUUGUACACACUGAAGUAAUUUGUAUAGACACAUGUCCUUUGAAGCUUCAUGGCAUCAGAUCUGUUAAAGAUAAGAAGAUUAUUUUAUUGAUCCCAAUAAAUAGAAAAGUUUUUUUAUUACAAUGUGCAUAUAAAUUUUCAGCACAUAAAUAAAUACAUAUUUUAAUAAAGUCACAUUUUCCAACAAAAAAAAUUUAAGCCCAAGACAUCUACGUUAAAUAAAUUGUUUCGCUAGUGUAGAAAACAGCCAAUUUAUGAACUCCCAUAGUCAUAUUGGGGGCUUAAUUUUUUUUUGUAUAAGAUAAAUGCAUUCAGCACCGCCGCCUCAACUAAAAACCAUAGACAGCAUCUCCACCACUUGUGGCUUUUUUUUUCUGCCAGUAGGGUAGUAUGAUCUCAGGUUAUGACGUUCAAACUAUUCUCAAAGCCUUGACGCAAGAGUUUUUUCAGUUAUUAAUUAUGAACUUUUAUUCUACUACAAUUUAAUCUAACAAGAUCUCCCAUUGGUAAUGUGGGUUCUGCUAACAUGCUGAGCCAAAGAACUAAACAUACCAAAGGGCUCUCUGGCAACACUACUCCACAACCUAACAAUAACACGGAUAUAGUCAGCGUCCUAACCAUUUGCUAUCCUGCUCUACUGACCACCUGCACAGUACUACCAUACUACCCCCUUUGCCUUUAGUAUCCCUACACUUAUAGUCUGCCUGGCACAAAACAGACUCCCCAGGGAUUCUAAAACCUUGAGAUAUCCCCCCCCCCCUUCCCUCUUCCAUUUUAGAUUUACCUAAAGAAGUUGAAUCGUCACAUUUAAAAUCUUAAAGUAAAUGCGUUAAUCCCUUAUUUAAAAAAUAACAACAUAGUACUGAGAGUAGCAAUAGUUAAAAAAAUUAUUUACUAACAUUGAACUAGCAUGUGAAAACUUCUUUAACUUUUAUCUAAGUAGAUCCAAACCAUGUGAAAAAAAUAAUUAUAACCAAACCAAAAUAUCAUCAAAUGUUUACCUCUCUCAUCCAUCACAUUUAACAGUUUAGUAGCUAAAUAGCUAAUUGUUCUAAAUUCACAAUGAUAUCAAAGACACAACAUCACACGACUGAUCCAACAUAGCAUCCCCCCAAAAUAAACAUCAAAUCAAUCUUCACAUAUAAAAUAAAGGAAUUCAAUAACAUCAGUGCAAAAAUGAUAAAUAUGGUUUUAAAAACCGCUCUAGUGUUUUAUUGUACUGGUAGCACUAUCUAGUCACAGCCGAUUGUGUUGUUCCAGUUAUUUUACAGUAGUUGUCCCUAAGUAGAAACCUUUUCUAAUUCGACGUACUUUCACACACUGGCUAAUGACAUGUCCUAGUCCCCCGCACCCGUAACAAACUAUAUUUCUAGCUCUAACUGUUCCUGAGGAAUGCCUUUCUGUCAGGCUCUUCUGCUAUGAUUGAAAUACUUUUUAUUUGCUUCAUUGAUUUCUUUAUGCUGUCUGUACUCGUUGAAGUUGGCUCCCCUACAUCUAUUGUUUGUAUUGUACCAGUGCUUAAAAUAUCGUGUCCAGUUGCUUUCUCUGUUCACGCUGUGAUGACUUGUAACAGGUAUUUGGUGCACCAGUCCACUAGCUCCAUAACCUAAGUUUUGGGUUCUGUGUUUCUCAUGGGUCAAGUGAAUUCUAUUUUUAUCUGUACAGGUAUCAAAUAUCCCUCGCUGGCUGACCCUACUGUCGCUGCGGGGUUCGUUCGUUGAAUGACAUACUUUUCUAGAGUUUGGAGUCCUUAUCUGACUAUGUUCCCUUCUUUUACUUAUCAUCUUAUCAUAGUAGUAAUAGUAGAUUCUUCUCUGUGGUUGACUGCUUUAUUUUCAUUAGUUACCUCAAUCUUCUUGUUUUUACUUUCGUUCAACUUGGCCAGCUGUUCCAUAUGAAAACACCAUUUCUCAUUUAGUGAUUGAAGUUGAGUUACUAGUUCAUCAUUUGUAGUUCUUACUUGUAAUUCCUCUUGUAACUGAGUAUUUGUAUUUAUGAGCUUGAUUACAUCUUUAUCUUGUUCAUCUCUUGUUGAUAUUACUUCUUUAUCUUUAUUCGGGCUGCUCUCCACUGUGUUCUAGAAUUUCAUUAGAUUCUUUUUCCUUUGCCUCUUUGUAUUAUCAAAUUUUUCGAGCUCCUUUUUUAAUUCAACCAUUUCUUCUUUUUGUUACUCACUAUACUCAUAAUUAACUAUGAAUUUAUCUAGGUCUUUGUUUUUGUCAUACCAUAGAUUUUUCAUGUGGUGAUAGUUUUUGUUCUGUCUUGUGUCAUCUUGUCCAUUUUCUUUUUGCCCUCCCAUCUAUCUGACAUUUAUUUCUGCUAUUCCUAAUUUUCUCCUCUGAUUGUAUUCAAAUAUUAUCGGUCUCUAUAUUGGCAAGCCUGAUUUUUUUCCAAUUCGGUUUUACAGUAUUCUAUUAGUUCUGACCCCUCUAACCCAAUGACAGUUCCAUUUUCUCUAAUGGCGGCAGCAUGAGCCGCUUUCCCAUCCAAUGACUUGCUCUUGGUUUCCAUAUCUAAUUGUAGUCUAACUUAAGCUAAAAGUAUCUUGUAACACCCAAUUAAGGUAUUAAACUGACAGGAUAAUUGACUUAUUGAGAUGAUACGAUACAGUUAAAUUUCAGUCAGCAUAUAAAUCAUAAUAUAUAGAAAUGUAUCUAAACAUGUGUAGUAGUGUGUUGUGUGAUGGGUGGUGAUUGGUGGUUGGGGCUUGGGUGUACCAAGGAUUUGACCCUGCUCGCAGCGCCAAAAACUGUAGUAGUGUGUGGUGGGUGACGUAGGUGAUUGGUGCUUGGGUGUACCAAGGCUGCCACUGACAGUUACUAAUAAACAAAUGAAGAAAUGCAGGUCUUGAGGACUAUAGCUUUAUUAAUGCUCUACAAAGCAAUCCACUAUGAAGAAAAAGGACAAUAUAAGUCCACUAUGAAGAAAAAGGACAAUAUAAGUCCACUAUGAAGAAAAAGGACAAUAUAAGUCCACUAUGAAGAAAAAGGACAAUAUAAGUCCACUAUGAAGAAAAAGGACAAUAUAGAGCGUUCCAAUGGGCCGCACUGAACAAUGGCACACUGCAGGGAUGCUGUCCGAUCUCGAAUGACCCCCUACUUAGUGUGCACCUUUUUAUAAAGCCGUGCGCGGACAUAUGAGAGAGCCCCUCCGUCACACUUAAACCAAGUCGGUCUAAGUUUUGCCUUCUGGCCAAUUUCCUGGGGUAAAAUGCCUAACUCUGGGGACUACACUAGAGUAAUAAUUAAAAGCCCUAACGACUUAUAUGUGUCCAGUGCAGUUUUGUCUCAGCUCUCUAAGAUGCUAUUUUAUAUUUCUAUGAGUUAAAUGGUUUUUGAGAUAUUUUAACUAGAAGGGGUGGGGACCACUAUAGAUGAAGGUGAAAACACCUUUAAUGACUAAAUGUUAAAAUAUCCUCCAACGAUGGAGACUUGUAAAUAUGCUAAGGCGGUAUAGUGAAUAAAAUCCCCUUUCUAACUAGAUAUAAUUUAUAACUUAAUACGCUAGGGUUCCCGAGAAAUAAAUUAUUGAAUUUCUAACUAAAGCGCAUAUCGUGGUAUUUUAUUAUUUCCUCCCUAUGCGCAAGAGAAGCCGGCCAUAUAGAGACCGUCCGGUUGAGGUGAAAGGGAUACCUGAGUUCAACAUUCCGAUCCAGUGCUAGACGAGGUCACACCGCGCGACCUCGCGUUGUGCGCCAAACAUGGUUUUCGUACUAAUAGCGGUUGUCUCAAAAUAACGGGUCUAAUAGCGGGUUUCCAAAUAACGGGGCUUACACUGCCACACAUGUAUAAGUAUAUGUAAAAAUUAUAACAAAGACUCAUAUUAUCUAAUAACGAUUUGGGAAUUACAAAUCUUAAAAUAAUAUGGUCAAAAAUUCCAAACUGAAAACAUAAACAAAACAAAGUUUUACACUAAAAAUAAUAAUAUUAGUAAUAAUACUAAGAAGCUAUAGAAUUGUUUUGCUAAUUAACUGUCACUUCUAAUUUUUGCUAUGGCCAGCACUUCCUUGACAAGCCAUGCAGACUAAUCUCUCUCUCCAGUUUGUGAGGAAAAAAUAGUGCACACAGACAAAGAUCACUCACAGUCUCUACCAUGAAGUUCAGACAGGGGAGAGGGUGGAGCGGUAAUCUUAUGUCAUUGCCUCCCAACCAUAACAACUCUGGUCAGGGAUUCUCAGAUUUAAGAAGAGAGCUCUGAAGGGCACCCCUUGUUCCUGUAGUUCCAAUCUUUAAUCUCGAUUGAUGUCUCAUGUUGAUUUUAUGAUGUGAUGUCUGGCUGAAACUGUCUUUAUGCACUGGAGAAGUUUGUUUAAAGAUGUGUAUGAUGUUAUUUCAUUAUCUUGAUUUUUAAAAAAUAAUAAUAAUAUUUUUUGGUUUGCUGUAGAUGAAGUUGCAACUCACUGAUCAUACAAAUCGUAAGAUGACUCUUGAAAUAUAAGAGCCAGAGUUUUUGCCUUAUUGUAUCUCUACUUGACUCUAAAGCACUUUGGUUACAGUUUUCCAACAAAAAGUCACAUGUGCCAAUUUAUGUCUUUUCCAUCAUCACUUAAUAAGUAAUUGUGUAAAACUGGAGAUCAGGCAAAAUAAAUUAACGCACAACUUGCCUUUGAGGUCCGUGGCAAGCACCCAAUGUCAUGAAUUGAUUCAUGUGGCUCCGUUGUCUAGGUUAUGACGUUCACACUGUAAACAAAGACUUGACGCAAGAGUUUUUCCAGCUAUUAAUUAUGAACUUUUAUUCUACUACAAUUUAAUCUAACAAGAUCUCCCAUUGGUAAUGUGGGUUCCGCUAACAAGUUGAUCCAAAGAACCACAACACUACUCCACAAACUAACAAUAACACUGAUGCAAUCAGCGUCCUACCCACUCGCUCUCCUCUGCUCUACUGACCACCUGCUCACUACUUACGUACUACCCCCUUUGCCUUAUAGUCCAUCUGGCACAAAACAGACUCUCAGGGUUUCUAACACCUUGACACAAGACUGCCUAUCUGUCUCAUUUCACACUGAUUGUUAUUAAUUUUUACCCUUGAGGUCUUUUGGCCAGUGUCUCCUGUUAUGGCGAGUCAUUGCACAUGAAUAUGUGCCACUGGAUAGCAAAUCAGAUGCUAAUUGCACGGACAAAAAGAAAUUAACAACAACGUUAAAUGUGACGUUGAUGUUGCAUUGUUAUAAGUAUUGUGUGAUGUGGUUCUUCUUCUUGCGUUUGCUUAUUCAGCUCUCCUAAUUAUCAUUUCAAUACUUACCGUAAUAAGUAUGAGGCCAAAUUCCAUGUAUCACAUCACAAUAUAUUUAUUUGACGGAAUAUACACUUCACAUAGUGUAAAAUAAAUCUUCUUAACUGGAGGAACCAUAAUUGUCAUUGCCUUGUUAUUUCAUAUACAUAAUUCACUCAGAUUUAUUGAAUAACUAUAGAGAUGCUAUGAGAUGUACCUUAAACACGGCCAGAGCCUAUCCUUACUUGAAUCUUCUAUCCAUCCUGCAUCCUGUUUACUCAUACUUCUGCGCUUGACAUAUUAAUAAUAUAUAACUUCCUGUUAAUACUAAAAUUGCGGAAACAAUACAUUAUGCGAAACAAUUCAUUAUUCAUAGUAUUAAUAUUUGAGCUGUUACAGAAAUAAAAAUGAUGGUUUUUGUGUAAACAUGGGUGCCUAAUUUUUUAAUGACAUUUUAACCCAGUCCAUUGGGCAUCAUUGUGUUUGAUUUUCCAGUAUAAAAAUCAAAGUCUAUAAUAUGGGCACACUAUUUUCAUCCUGUAAACAAAAGAGGUUUGUAUAGAGGCAAAUAUCUUCCACGUAAUGACCAGAUCGGUUACGGUCAGUGUGUUGGUAGUUAAAAUCAAUAUAAUGGCCUGUGGGCAGGCUGAUUUAUAUUACUGGGUUAUCAUACACAUUUGAGUUACAAAAUAUUGGUUAUUUUUGAAAACUUGGAUGGUUAGGGUAUCUAUACCGUGAUAAGAUUUGGCCUCAAGCAGUUUCAUCGGGAGGUUAUUUUGUACCACUGUGUCCAGCCCUCUGCAUUGUUUACAUCGGCAGUGGUACAGGGAGUAGCCCUUUAUGUGAAUGACUUACCUUUUAGUAGUAUUUCUUGGAAGAGUGCCGCGUCCACACCCCACUUGUGGAGUAGCAGAUGUAUCUCGCCUCCUUGUGUCUGAUACCACAAAUGUUCAGUUGAAUUAUGGAUAGGUUUAAAGGGGAAGGGGGUGCGACCUUUGACGCUGCCACUCAUGCCGUCCAGUAGUGUUACCUCGCGUCAACCUUUCCCCCGAUGGUGACAUAAGAGGAGAUUGGCUCCCCGGGAACAAUAGUCUCGUCUCUCUCUAGUCCCUCCCCGGACACCAUCAAUGGAAAUCUCCUUUGACUUCAUACAUGUAAGACAUAACUGUAGACACUGCUGGAACAUUUAGCAGUUCAUUUGUUGACCAGUACAAUCUGUAAUCAGGCAUUACAUGAAUGCCCAACCUCUUUCAAAUUUUUUCUUACCAUACUACUUAAAAACAUUUUAAUGAAAUUUAAAUGAAUUUUAAAUUAAAAUGGUAAAAGCCAAAGCUUUCAUUAGAUAUUUAUUUAUUAAUAUUCAUGAUGACCUCAUUUUUUAUAAAAAAGAAUGUAAAUGUACUCACCCCCCCCACCCACCAUUUUUCGAUGAAUGCAGAAUGCAUGCGUGAACGAAUUUUUAAAAAAUUUAAAUAUUCCUGCUUCGGUCGAAAGUCGCGUUAAGCUUUUGGUUUCCACUUCGGUUCGGCCGAAAGUCAUUUUUAAACAAUAGUCCUACAGACUGUCCUAACCCCUACCUGCCGGCCUUUUAACAAUGGGCUUAAAGACAGACCUAAACAACAACCGUGGCUCCUUAUUGCUUAAUAUAAUAGUCGCCUCCACGUGAACUAUUUUUUCACUGAGUUCACUCGUCACGCAUGGCAGCCCUUUUAAAAAAAAAAACUCUAUUAAGUGCUAUUAAGUUUAUAUAUAUAAAAGAAGCUUGAUGUCUGAGAAGUUCACCGGUUUCCAUGUUGUGUCUGGUUUUAUAACAGCCCAUUCCAGUGCAUAUCGAAUAGUGUCUGUAACACAGAAUGCCUCAGGUAUGAACAGAGAAAAAUAAUCAUAUGCUGUGAAAGAUUCAUCAGCAUUAAUUAAUAUUGCUUGGACCUACAGGUUCAUUAAGGGGGUAGGCUACCAACAAAGUAUUUUUUUAAAAUAACAAACUUGAAACAACUAUAUUUAUUAUGGUCAUAUUCAGCCAUGUAAGGAGAUAUAUUUUCACCCUUUAAAAAAAAAAAUAAAGUAUAUAGUUGCCAUGACAAUGGCGGCCAUCUUGAAAAAAUUCACCUAUUCGUAGAGUUCUAAAAUUGUAAAAACAAACAUAUAUUUCGCUUUAAAAAUGAUUGACUCAUGGACUUUAACUAUAUUUAGAGGAACUGAGCAAGUUUAAUUUUCUUAAAAAAUGUAAAAACAUUUUUUUGUUGAAAUUUUUAAAAAUUGCCUCGGCAGAAAACACUAAAAAUAUAUCAUCAUAAGCAAAUAAAAAAUUCAUUAAAGAAAAGUAAUAGAUCAAAUUUUGUAUAGAUCAUUACCCACAAAAUAGGUACAGGAAAUUACACAUCAAAUUUGAUGACUCUAGCUUUUAUAUUGGCUGAGAACUCAAAGUUAUAAAAUAACAGAAAAAAAAACAAUUUUGAGAAAAAUCAAUUUAAACUUAAGAAGUGGAAAAUAAAAUGUUUAUUAUAGAAAUAUGGUGAUGUUACAUAUUUUUUUUGUCCGGGAUCAUGGACAUGAUCAUUUAAAAAGGCAAUCAGUUGUUUAAAGCCCCAGGAACAAAAGUUGUGUCCCCUUCUUCAACUUCAUUGUGGUGCUGUCGCUCAAUGCAUCUUUUUUUUAGAUGCUUUCGUUUUCACUUGGAAAUUGUUGCAUUAGGAUUUCAACAUCCUUGUUGAGUACUUGUUGUCUAAAGGCCCCCACUUUAAUUCAAUUUUCUCCCUGACCAUCUUUAGUCCCACCAGACCACAGUUUAAUGACACAGUGGCAAGUGAUGUUGCCGUCACCUCUGCUGCCAUGGAAGAAAACACAGUUUUAGGGCAGGGCAGCCAAAUCAUUGAAUUGAAACUGUCGUUUGCAUUCUCCGUGCCCAUUUUAGCACAGCGGUGAAGCAGACUUGAUUCUGUCAGUCUUAAAUAAUGGGGUAGAUAAUACUCCCCACUUGCUACAAAAAUAUUGGUCUUUAAUGCUCUCUGGUAGUGACACCAAGAGUUUUUCCCCUCUGGACAAAGUCUCUGGUUAGGUGCUUUGUCGGAACUCAUCAUAGGAAAGAAUCCACCCAAUACUCCUUGUUUCAUUUUAGAUACAUAAGAAGCAUUGUCUUUUCAAAUUUUCACAUUAGUGUUUGUUCAUUUUUCAAUAACUGGCUUUGUGAGUUUGCGAUUUAAAGUUUGUUAAUUUGAUUUUUUAAACAUUUUCCAAAGUAUUAAACAUUCUCUUUGCAAUAUGAUUUAUAGAGUCCUCUUUUGUUACUUCAAUGUCAUAACAUUUCUGCACUUCGUUUAAUAAUGCUUUUUGCAUCCCCGUCACAAAGCAUUGUGCCAUACAUUAAAUUUCUCUUUUCAAUUGAUCUUGAAAAGAUCAUUCUGGCUGCCACAGUCUCCAUUGCAUUAGAAGAGCACUCUGCAUUCUUCUGGCAUUUUGGUUUGUUGUUUCCAUCCAGGUUAGAAAUUCAAGCGAGCCUGUCUUUUACCCAACUGCACACAUUUUACAAUAAUUCUGAUUACCUGUGUUUCUAAAACUAGGCCUCUGUCCACGUUGAUCCUAAAACCAACCCCGUUGUGAGAUAAAUGGCCUCGCUUUUGCCAAGUGUCGUCAUAGGACACAGUGAUGAUGGGACACCCUGUUUUGCUUUUGGCUUUGUCAGGUUGGGGUCUGGAGCUCUAGCUCUCUCACAAACAACGCGAGCAGCUUGGCACAUUGCUUCAUCUGCUCUUCUUUUUCUGCUGUGCUGACAGUUUAGGACAACUUAUUAUAGGUUUUGUGGUGCAUCUGUGUGAUUUAAUAUUCAUGACUGAAAACAAAGAAUUCAACUUGACGUACCCAAUUCCAUAGUCGUUGCAACUUGUUCGGUAAUUUAUGUCCAACUGCUUAUUGACUUGUGGAGAUGUCCAAUCUGCCCGCUCUGACAUACAAUCUGGACAGUAAAUUUUUAAAAGGGCAGCCAGACUAUUUUUUUUUUUUGUUGUAAAUAGCUGUUGGCCGUUGCUUCUACAAUUUGCAUAUCCCACUGCUGAUAUGAGAGACUGGAGUAAGCUUUGAUGUGUACGAGAUGUUAUAAAAUAUUCCAUCGGUCGCAUUAUUGUAAACAGUGAACUUCUGCUCCGCUGUACUACUGUUUAGGGGUUCAGUAGUUUCUGCUGCACAUUCUUUGUCCUUUUCAGAAGAUUCAUUUUCAAUAUCUGACUCAUCUUCUGUAACCUAAUAUCAAAGCAUACAUUUUUUGUAUUUUUUGUUCUGAUCUAGUUGACGUGUCCAACUGGUCACAAUCAAUCUCUACAUUGUUAAAUAGGCCUACAUCUACACCUAUCAAACAACUGUUGUUUACAUAUUUUUGUAAGCCUUUUCCUACAAUUUUCUUUCUCUAUGUUAAUUGAUUUCCAAAAAAUUUAAUUUUUUUUGGGCUUGAAGGUCCAUAAAGAAAAGCCAAAACAACAUCCAAACGGAAAUACUGAGUGUAGGAGGUAACUCAUUAUUAAAGAUCUUCAUAGGGAGCGGUUAUUAUUUAUUUAAUAUGUUGUUAUGUGAUAGUUGUUCUCCUCCAUUUUGUCUAUUUUUGAGCAUUCUGAGAGCCUACCCCUAUCCCUCUUUAGACGUCAAUAACUAAAAAACUAAAUAACUAAAUGAAAAUUAUUACUUUCUCUCCGAAAGAGAAAUGAUAGCUGAAUAAAAAAUCUGGGGCUUUCAGUUUCUGUCUUUUCUUUUACUUUCAAUAAAAUGGCUUGAAGAGUUUAGUCUUUGUUCUAGGGUUUGUGUCAUCAAAUCUGCUGUGGAAUUUUGUAGUUGAUCGCUGCUGCAUCACACAGUAGUGACACCAGGCUGUGCUUGAAUGUAACUAGUUUCAUGUUGGCAGAGCCAGCUGGUUAACCCAUUCAACCCAUGUCACAUUUUUUCCAUGGAACAUAAUAAAAAAAAAAGGACCAUAAUCCCAUUCGAUCUGAUGCUUUUUAACUUGAAAUCCCAACUUUCAAUUUAUCCAAUCUUUGUCAUGUAGCAUAAGAGAAUUGAGCUAACUGUACAAGGAAUACGUUUUUAUUUAUAAAAUAGUGAUACAAAAAUUACAUAGAGAAAAAUUUAGUGCUACUAUGACAGAGCUAAGCAAAAGUAACAACAAAAAAAAAUUCUACCUACCAGCUCAUAAAUCAAGUAAGAAUAAUCCAAUCAAGUUAAUUUUUUUUCAGAAGUUAUAUAUCUAAAUCAUUAGAAAAGUUUUGUUGCAAUAGCUCAAGAAAUUUUUGCCAAGUUUUGAAUUUUUUUCCAACUUUUUCCAAAAAUUAAUAAUAAAAAUAGCCAGACACAAAAUAUUUACACAUAUUUACAAAAUAUAUAUACAAAUCUUGCCAUCAUUUUGAGUUGAAGCUCAUUGAAGAUUACUUUAGGAUGAAGGUGAGGUUUGGCCUCACAACCAGAGCAAUAAGCACAAGACCGGUCCCGUUCUUCGUAAUCUAUGAUUUGCUUUGAUCCAUUAGUUCUUAUAAGACCUCCUGUCUCUGGGCCCUGUCCUGGUGUUAUUACCAUUGGGACAAAUAUUAUAUUCACAGUUAGCUGACCUAUCAACAUAAGUUUAUUAGUCCUUCAGACUCAUUUUGUUUUGAUCUGCUUUUUAGCAUAGCAAAAACAGAAUGUACGAAUUGACCUGGGUGAUUUCUAACAACCAGAAGAAAAUCCCUUUCCACCAUUUUAAGUUUUUUUGUAUAUAUAUUCAGUGGUCUGUUACCUUCUGAUCUAGCUUAUCACAGUGAUUUUUAGCAAUGAGAUAGUCAUUGAGUUUUCUGGAGGGGUAGUAUCUGUCAGCAAAUAUUUUGUGACCAGUUCCCACAUGUUGAACCAAAGUGUAAAAACUUGGACAGCUUGUCCUCAAUCUUUAUCUACUUCAGUGUUGUAUGAAAUAUUUGGACAGCUUGUCUUCCAUCUUUAUCUACUUCAAGGUUAUAUAAAGUACUCGGACAGUGUCGAAGUGUAACUCUUGAUGUCCUGUGGUCAUCCACUCUUCUGAUCCAAGACGCUCAACCACAGGACAUCCCAGUGUAACCGACAACAAACACUGGAUGUAUCGAUAUGAGUUCAAUGUAUAAUUUUAAUAUGCCUCGUAAGCCUGACAAAUGAAUGUACUUCACAAUGCAACUUGUAAACUUAUCAACGUUCAACUUCACUAUCUGUCUAGCUGAAUCCUCACACAUAGAAAGCGAAGCCUUGCACAUCACACAACAAGCUAUGUCUUGAACAGCACACAACGGCUAUCUCUCUCCUUCCAUCAACAACGAAAAGUAACGCGUCACACACAAUUACGUCACAACACUCUCCACACAAACGAUACAGAUACACACAAAAUCUCUAACUAAAAAUCUUUUCCCUAUAAAACAUGACAACAAUGUUCUACACAUAACAACAGUGAUUCUCAUACCCUUGACAGACAGCUUGUUCUCAAUCUUUUUCUAAUUCAGUGUUGUAUAAAGUAUUCAGAGGGCUUGUUCCUCAUUUCUAUCUACUUGAGGGAUAUAUAAAGUAUUUGCACCAAAAUAUCUCAAAAUGUCAACAUAACACUACUGUUGUCCAACAUCAAAACCCUCAUGUUGUGCGUUUACCAAUGCUACACCUUCUAUAUUACCAACAGCCAAAUUUUGUAGCCUUUCAACAUUCACAUGGUGUAGGGGGAGUUGUGGCACAGUGGAUCAGAAAUCUUAUUUUUUUUUAAUACUUAAAAAGUUUUCAUAGAUAUUUUAAUGUUGUAUGUGCAAAUUGAUUUAAUUACAUUUUGGACAUGGAUAGGAAUCCUUAAAAUGUGGCUAAAUAUUAUAGACUUGCUCACAGAGCAUUUCAAAGUGUGCAGGGGUAAGUGAUUCACUGUGCCCCAGUACAGGGGCACGGUGAAUCACUAUCUGGGGCACAGUGAAUCACUAUGGAGAAGAUGAAUCAUUACUUGAAAUUGACUUAAAUUAUAAUGAGGAUUGUGAAUUCAAAGCAAUUAUUGCACUAAAAGUUAUUUUUUAUAUAAGAACCUGUUAUAAAUUUAAAUAUAAACAGUCAUACAACCUCCCAUAGACUCAUAGUCAUAGACACUAAAAAAUGCAGGCAAACAAUUUUUAAAUUAAUAUGUUAUUUAUUUGUAACACCAAACAAUUUAAAUUAUAAAAUAACAAACAAUAAUUGCAAAAAAUCAACGUAGAUAAUCACCAUAAGCUGAUAAAUCUAUAUUAAAUUUGAAAUGGCGAGCAACUCCAGCCGUCCCUCCGUGGAGCAGUGCCCUGGGCAAUUUACCUGCAACAUCCUCAAAGGUAAUGGAAGAUAUAUCCUCAACUUGAGGAAACACAAAGGAGAAGGAUGUAGGUCUCUCGCGCCGAAAAAACUUAACUUCAUACUCCAUGUCAUUAAUGUUUACAAUUUGUCCAAUAUACAUUACUAAAGUUUUUUUUUGUGGAAAACUUGACCAGCACAUAAUCAUCACAAGUUAAAUUACUGUGUCCUGGGAUGACUAUUUCACUUUCAGAACAUUCGUCGUCAUUGUCACUGAAAUCAGUGGAGUCAUCACAAAAUGUUAUUUUUUCAACUUUGUCACAUGAGUUUUCCUUAUCACUACCAGUAGGCCUUUCCAAAAUAAUUUUUUACAAACUUUUGAUGUUCUGCAAUUGAGUUUCUGUUUCUUUGCUUGUCUAAUAUUUUCCUCGUGCCUCAGCUGCUCUUUGACUGGAGUAUCAGUCAGGAUCAUUGUUUUUCCUCUUUUUCUACCUCCCUGUGUUUUUCUCGGUUUUACUUUUGGAAAUGGGCUAAUGUCUUCUGGUAAAAUUUUUGAGGUUGAGGGUUUGUCAAUGCCUAUUGCGGGAGGAGCAGAAAUCGCAGUUGAUGACGUAGGAAUUGCCAAUGGUUCGGUUUUUGUAUUUCCAUUAUUUUCAUCAAAAUCUUCAGUCUCUACUCUCUCUGCAUUCAACAUUUUGGUUUUUACUUAUGUCUGGUUGCUGAAAGGGACGAUCAGUAACAUAGGAUGAGAGAAAUUCCUCUUCAUUAAAAACUCCAGGAUUGAAUGGAGAAAUUCCUGUGCACUGAAACCCUGCUACAAUAUUUUUGGGUGUAAAUGCCAGAGGGUAAGCAUUGCCUACCAAGCUGGCAAUAUCAUGAAUUGUAAUUGGUUGACCAGGGUGAUUGAUCAUGAAUGCGUUGGCAGCUUGGUUAUAAUAACUUUUAAAGGGACCGUACACUGCUCUGUCAAGUGGUUGUAGUGUGUGACUGCAAUGAGGAGGCAAUGUUAGCAUUACAAUGCCAUUUUCUUUUGCAAGAUCAAUGGUCUUGAUUGAAAGGUGAGUUUCAUGGUUGUCCAAUAUUAACAGGACUGGGUGCUUUUGCGAACAUUUUGUUGACAGGAUGAAAUGUUCCAUUUACAAAUAAAAGUUAUCUGCUGUCAUCCAUCCUGCCUGAUGCGCAGUCCCAACUGUUCCUGGUGGAGCCCCAUGCAACAUAGAGUUUUUUAAGUGAACCUUUGGGAACUUAAAUGGAGGAAUUGAAUUUCCAGCAGCACUAACUGUACCGAGCAUGAUUACCAAUGAACCCCGCUCAGCAGAAGUAAUUUUUCCGACUUGCCGAUCAUUUUUACAAGCAAUAACUUUGGUAUUACCAAAUUUUUGUACAGUACAGCAGCCUGUCUCAUUAUAGAUAUCAUUAGGGCCAAAUUUAUAUUUAUCCAGUAUUUCCUGAAGAUUGUCAUAAAAAGCUAUUACAUCCGUUUCAUUAAAGCUUGUUGUUCUUGCUAAGCUGGUCGCUGCUGGUGGCUGCUGGUCUCCGCAGGGUGAGAUUAUUGGAACGUUUCAUAAAGUUCGAAAACCAAUCUUCGCCAGCACUUUGAUUUUUAUUCCAUGAGUCUGUAAUAGUCUUUUUAAUCCCAACUGCAUAGUCAAAUGCGACUUUUCUUGCUUGAUUUUUAGUAAGACCAUGCUGAAUUUUAGAGGCCUUGACUAGGUCAUCCUGUAACAAUGAUUCUUCUUCAACAUAAAAAAUUUGGCGAUAUUUAUAGUUUGGUGAAAACGAUGUAUGGUCUAAUCCAGCUUGCUUAGCCUUUUCAACAUAUCUUCGGAGACUUGAAAAAUUGAUGUAGGUCUCUUUGCCGACUGUCCUUAUUGAUAUUCCCUUCUCCAAAACAUGUUGUACAGCCUCCUUCAUGACUUCAGCUGUUAUAUUACCAACCUUUCAAUUUGACUGUCUGUUUCAACUGUGAAAGUACUUGACCCAUUAUGUUUCGAGGGGUUGCACUAACUGUUGACUUCAUGGCUUGCUUCAUUAUACUUCUAGAAAUGUUGGCUACUGCUUUUUGGGGAUGGAAUCAUGACAAUGUUCAGUGGGUGGUCUCACUAUAGUGUCAUUUUUUUGUCUUAAUAUUUGAAUGACACUUUGUAGCUCGAUUCAGCCGGCAUCUCCAAGUGAGCACCCCAUCAUUAUUGCGGAAAUAAAGAUAUUCAUAACCCAAGUAGGUUAAAACUUGCUUGCCGCUUUGACUUCUCGAAAAUUUCAUGGCUGGGACUAUAAAAAUAAGAAAGAAAAAUAAUUUAUUAAUCCGAUCUUCUUACAAAUUAACGUAAACUUUCUGUCUGUAGCCAUGAUGAAGCUUAGCCAAAUUAUUUUCACACUGCAUGAAUAACAUGGCUUGGCUUCAUCACUAAAGUAUAAAUUGAUUGGGACCCCAAAUAUACUUGUAGUUUAGUUGUAGCUUUUACUAAAUUUUAGGUGAAUUUAACUGGAGCUGAAGGCCACCCUAAGGUUAAUACUUUGCAAUAAUAUUUUUAAAACCGUUAUAAAUUGAACAAGAUACAUUUAGUUGUGUACUUUGAUAGUUGUUUGACCACUACUUAGAUUUUGAUUAGGCCUACUACUGCAAUUUAAUUAAUAGCUACCAGUCCUUAAGUUACACUACACAUUUUGAUAAGCUUGUAUGUAAUUUUAUAUAUGUAUAACUUCUAAGUUAGUAUUAGUUCUAUAAAAUGUACGGAUGAAGGUAUGCUGAAAUAAGAUGAAUUUUUGAAGCUUCUAAGAGCAAUUUAGCCAGGUUCCAUGAUACAUGUAUUAAUCAAUUUGUCAUAAAAGUACAAAGCACAUUCUAAUAAAGUGUUUGGACUUUUUGGAAAAUAUGUGUUUCUGAACUGUUAUUGCUAUAGUGAGUGAGAUGUAAAUUAAUUUAAAAAAAUAUAAUUAGGCUUAUAUUUUGUCUUGAAAUACUAAAUAAACUUAGGCCUUAGCCUUAGAUGGGUGGGGGGGGGGGGUAAACUUGAAUUAACCAGUAUACCAUAUUUAUAAUUUUAUAAAAUCAUGCUAUACGUCUGCCUAUACUAGUAUACUAUCUAUACUUAAAUAAAAAUUAAUUUAUAAAUUAAAUACCAUUAAUUUUAUAUAGAAUAGGCUACAAAGGAGGCUAAAUUUAAAAUGUUCAUUUAUGGUGCCAAAAUAUGCAUCAAAAUUUAAAAUAACUUAUGUUAAUAAAUUAUGGCAUGAUUUGUCCAAAGAAAUGGAUUGAGUUUUAACUGAGAUCGAGGUCUGAAAACAAUAGAAUUAGAAUGAGGCUGAAAGCAGUUCGAACAGUUGUUAAAAAUGUGCGCUAUAAUUCGCAGUUAAUAAAAAAAUUCGCUAUUUUAGUUUUUUUGUUCAAAUUAUUUUUAAAUUCAAUUUUUAUCAUACUGUGUCACUGAUUCGUAGACUUUUAUUCUUCCCAAUUUGCCUUUUGUGCUGAUAGGCAACUGAUCUGAACCAUGUUAAAUAUAAAAAUGUGGCUUUAAAGAAAAUGUCAUUGAAAUUUGCACAUUUGUGUGUGUUCGCUAUUGUCAACGUUCGCAUUUGUCGGUGUGCGCUUUUUUCUGUGUGCGCAACUGUCGGUCUGCGCAGUUUUCCUGUGCACAACUUUGUAUUUGCAGAUUUUUCUGUGAGCGUUUAUAGUUUGCGCCAUAUUUCUGGCCAUCUCACGCUAGAAUUAGCAAUGCUGUAUAAAUAAAGAUGGCAGAUGAAAUUGCGCAUAUAAUGAUGACAUCAGCAACAGAAAUCUCCCUGUGAUUUGCUAGAAAAUACCACUAAUUCACUGUGCCCCUUGAUCCACUUUGCCAUGACUCAACCUACAGUACAGUCUACGGUUUGCACAUUAUCACAAUACACCUGGUGUCUCUUACAGCGGCGAAGCGUGGGUAUCGGCCGCCCGGGGCGGAAGACAAUUUUGCCGCCCUCUUAUUUAGGUAUUUCAAUUGAAUGUAUGCUAUGCAUUACAUGCAUUAAUUCUAGAGAACUUUUCGGCAAGAGCAGUCAUCAUUAUUUUGCAUUACACAGGUUAGAUUUUAAAUAAGAAAGUUUAUCUAAAUUUUAUAAUCAUGUUUAUUAAUACAAAAAUUAUUUUACUUCAACCACCCAGAUACAUUGUUAUAACAGGUACAAUACCUAUCACUUAAGAUUAGGUACAACUUGACGAUCGACAAGAUUAAAUAAUUAGCUAAUUGAAUAUAAGAUGCAAGUCAAUUUUUAAUAAAGACUAGAACUAUACUAUUAAGUAUUUAAUAUUUAUAUUUUUAUUGAAAAAUAAUGUAAGUACUUCUGAGAAUAAAAACCAAACUUCCGUCUUUCAUUAAAAAUGUAUACGUCUGCUUUUUUUAAGAGCAAAGUCCUUUAGUGCACCAUCAAUGUCUAUAACAUCACACACCUCUUGCUCAAUAGACAAGAUAGCCAAAUUAGAUAGUCUUAAAGUGCUCAUUGUUGAUCUUAAAUAGUUUUUAAGGGUUUAUAUCUUUAAUCCUUUGCUGAACUCCUGAAUGCUUUACAAUGCUAAACCAAAAAUAAAUUUUAAAAUGUACAAAAAAAUGUAUAACAUUUUAAAGCUAUACACACCUGAUGUAAAUCUGUUUGCUUUCUCUCACUUUCACAGUCAUGAAAAGAGCUUUGUUUAGUGCGAUCAUCACCUCUUGCCAUAACAGCAGCAUUAUCAUAUGCUUGGCCUCUACAGUUGCUUAUAUCUAGGCCAUCAACUGGAAGCUUGUUCAAAAUCAUCUGUGAAAUUCCUUCAGCAGUUUUGUCUUUAGUUUCGAUGAAAUCUAUAAAAGAUUCCACUACUUUUACUUUCUGAUUUUCAAUUACUACAUAUCUUAAUACCUGACUUGUUUGAUCUUUAUAAGAAAGGUCUGGAGCGCUGUCGAACAUAAUCGAAUAAUACUUAGCCUUUUUUAUUUGUCCGAUUGAUAUGUUGGCGAACAUUAUUUCCCAAAAUGGCAAUAAAUUCGUUUUGGUAUUUGUGGUGACAUAUAAGUGAUUAAAAUUUUGCCACACAUUUUAGAUGUUACAAGAUGUUCACGAAGUACAGGAUAGUAUUUUGCAAUUAGAUGAACCAACUCUAAAAAGUUUCCUCUAUUGGUACUGGUGUCAUUUUCUAUAUGUCCACGCAAAGCCAAAUUUUUUCUGGCAAGGAAUUUUAUAAUAUCAAACAUUCUGAUAAGAAUUUCCUGUAAUUUCUUUGUUUCCUUUGCCACUAUGUUUUGCUCUUUGUUGUCAAUAGUCUGUCAAUAGUCUGUCAAUAGUCUGUCCUUUUUGAAGUCUGUGCUCCAACUCCUUCCAUUUGCAAUAAUUUUGGUUGUGUGGUGCACUUAAUUCGUGACUUGAAACCUUAGGAUUUAAUUUCCACCAAGUAUUAAAUCCAUCAGAUGAGCAAAAUUUAGAUCCAUUCGGUGCAUUUACGUUCUCAAAUAAACGACAACAAAAGCAAAAUAAUGAUUUUUUUGGAUGGAGAAUAAGCCAUCCAAGUACGUAAAACUUUUUCGCCGUUAGUCAAUGUACGGUAAAACCAUUCCUGAGUAAGCCGUCUGGUCUCUCCUUUUGUUGUUAAAGAACACGAAUCUGAACGUAUUACUCUUGACGUUUCAGCGAAGUUAGUAUUAAUAUGCUGAACAAUUUCCUGUCCUUGCUGAAUGAGAUGCAAUCGCAUAUUGUUGUCUAUGUGUUCAGGCCAUUUUCCAAUAUCGUCGAAAUUUUGGUAUUGAAUAGCAGACAAUGUCGAUGUUAUCAAUCUCUGUUUCGGAACUAUGCAUGUCCAUGUCUAGACAUAGAGAUGGAUUAACAGUGUCAAGUUCUUGUACUUUUUCAGCUUGUUCUGGGUUUGAAAGCCCAGUUGUCUGUGAUGAAUUUAAGCCUAACGUGGAAUCUGACGUCUCAGGAACAACACUUUUCACAUAUUUAAGUAAAGCCCCUUCAUUUGCUCUAAUAUUUUCCAACUUAGCUCUUCUCUUAUUAUGGUAAGAUACCCCACUUUCUUUUACUCGUUUCAUUUUUUAUGCUAAAACAAAAAAAUAUUACAUGAUAAAAGUACAAAUUAGAGUCAUAAACGAAACUAUCAAACAUUUCAAAAUAAAUACCUACUAAUAAAUAAAAAUGAAUAACUUGCUUUACUGAAAUUUUCUGUUUUUUAGAGUUUCGUACCACAAAAGGAAUAAACGGAACCUUUAUAGGAUCAUUUCAUUUUUCGCAGGAACGAGUACUUACACAUAUCAAAUUGAAAUGUAUAUCCCUUUAACUUUAAACUGUGAAAUAAUCAAACUUGUAGGUCAACGCGAUCAGAUAUGACCAUUUAUGUUGUAAAAUUUGGCAAUUUUCGUGAUAUUACAAGGUAAUCAAAACCUACAGGAUACAUUCCGUUAGCCUAUAAACAUGAAGAUAUACCUAUAUAGGCAGGUGUAUUACAGCACAUCUAUCUGUAGGGAAAAAUCUGAAAACCGUGAAUAUUUGUACGGAACCCUGAGGACUAAGCACUUGGCCGUUUUUUUUAUUUUAAGAAAUUAAAGCUUGAACAACAUAUCAGACAGUCCAACAUACAAUUACAUAAAUGAAAUACCUUUUUAAUACUCACAUAGUUGAAUGUAGGUACACGUAGCGGAAAAAUUAAAUUUUUCACGAAGUUCAAUAAUUUCACAACCACUACACGUACUUAUUUCAUAUAAAUAAUAAUUAAUUUAUUCAUUUUUUCUUACCGAAUUUGUAGUUGCGGUAAAGUAAAAAUAUGAAAUGGUUAUGAAAUGGUUCAAAUAUUUUUAUUAUUUAUUGUGAAAUUUUGCCGCCCCCUAAAAAGUGCCGCCCGGGGCGGACCGCCCCUGCCGUCCCCAUUACGCUACGCCACUGGUCUCCUAUACAAAUUUAUAUCUUAUGCAUUAUUAAAGUUCAUAUUUGCAGUCUCCAUGUCCAAUGAAACAUCUUCAUAACUACAUACUCCUACAUUCAGAAUUAUUGCGUCAAUUUUCUUACACUCAGACCCAAGGUUUUUCUACUUCCCUGCUAGCAAAAUUCCAAACUGACUCCAGACCAUCAGCUACAAUAAAAAUAUUCCAGGCUUCCUUAACCUCAACCAUAUGGUUAUUUAACUUUACCUCUUCGAUAGCCUCUAUAAACAACUCUUUCUCCCUAUACUCAGUUACAUUGGCAUUGCAUUCCUCAGGGUACCUAAGCACCUCCACAACUUCAGUAAUAUUUUCCUUUAACUCAUUUUCAAGGGCAUUUUAACUCAUUUUCCUUAACCACAUGAGCCCCAUCUCUCUCUGUCUCUCCGUCCUCCAUUUCUCAACAUCAGCCUCUUAUUUUUUACUUAAUUCCUUCUCCACAUAUUAUGUUUUUCCUAUCACUCUAACUUUGCCUGUGCUAGUUCUUGGGCUCAUUGUUUUUCCUCCAGUUCUUGUCUAUCUCAUUCUUCCUUUUCUAGCCUAGCUUGUCUAUCCCGUUUUUUCCCGUUCUAGCCUAUCUUGUCUAUCUCGUUCUUCCUGCUCUAGCUUAGCUUGUAUAUCCCCCUUUUCCCAUUCUAGCCUAUCUUGUUGUAGCUGUUUGUUGAAGUGGCUUUAUUACAGUUUACAUACACAAACAAUGAAAUUUGGUGGUACUAUCGGUUGAAGAGAGAGUAAAAUCUCUCACACGUCAGCCGAUUCGAAGUAGCCGUGGAACACACAAUAAUUUAAAUGUACACACUCAGUAACACAGCUUGAUGCACCAACGGAUUAUUGUCUGUAUAUCUGUAUACACAGUGAAAGAUGCGCCAAUCAAAUAAUGAUUUUUCACUGAUAGCCCAUUUCAUUGCAAGAAACUCUAACUUUAAGCUACUAUAUAGGGCUUGAUUUGUCUCUGUUGGUCUAAGGUGCUGGCUAGCUUAAGCGACUAUGCAUCAUGCGCCGUUCUGUUCCUAUGAGAGAAUUCCAUUAGGUCCCUCAUGGCUAGCAUCUUUUUCAAGGAUGAAAGAUUUUGUAAAAUCAGCGUAGCCAUGCGUUGGCGCAGACGUAAGGGCUUCCUUAACUCUUUCCAUGCCAGGGGGUUUUCCACGUUCGUGCCAGACCAGUUUUCCGCCUACAGAAUUUUUUUAGGGUGCUCUUAUCUAUUAAUUAAUUAAAAAAUACAUUUUUUUAGCUAUAUAGCUGUAUUUUAUAUCAAAUUAAAGGAAAUUAGACAGAGAAUAAUAAUGUGUAAAAGAUAAAACUAUAUGUCAACAAUAGUUCAUAAUUUACUGGUAAUAUUUUGUGAUCAAAUUUUUUUUUUUUUUUUUUAAAAUGUGCGCAAAAUCUGAACUUACCAGACUUCCAUUUGGUCUGUGUAACUGGUAUCCUUUUCUGCUUCCAUCCUCAGAAAGUAUAUCCAUUUUUGAUCAAAAUGCAUUUUAAAUUUUGAAAAUAUUUUUUACUGGUAAUAUUUUUUUAAAAAAUUUUUUUUUUUUUUUUUUAAAAUGUGCGCAAAAUCUGAACUUACCAGACUUCCAUAUGGUCUGUGUAACUGGUAUCCUUUUCUGCUUCCAUCCUCAGAAAGUAUAUCCAUUUUUGAUCAAAAUGCAUUUUAAAUUUUGAAAAUAUUCCAAUUAUUGACAGACUUCUACACAUUUUUGUAACGUUAAGGUCAACAGAAGUUUCUUUGAAUAUGUAAAUUUUCAUUAAUGUCAAACACAUUAUUUACUAAAUAUUUUAUUUUAGAUCACAUUUCUUUCUGUGUGGUACUUUCUAAAGCACUCCUUAACACACAGAUGUGGCCUUCCUGUGCAUCUGAUGCAAACAAAGCGGCUGCGUUUGGAUAUUUUGUGCACUGAACAGUAUGCACAUUGUUGAUCACGCCCGUCAUAGUCAACGAGGUGAUUUUUUUCACCGAGUCGCUCCUCUGCACUGUUGGUGAUCUUUUUUCCUGACUUUAAUUGGGUGGGCACUGAAGCAAUUGGUGUUUCAGGGUUAUGGGCUUUAGAAUCUCCUACCAGCUGCAGAAUGAGCUGCUCCUUGAACUCGGCGAAGGAAACUGGUUUUCGAUUUACUGGUUGGUUCAAACUAUAGAGAAUGUGGCUGUUGACGAGCUACUUCAAUGAUCCAAGUGAAUAAUUUUUUCCACCACUUUAUUGUUUUGCAACCAUGGCAACCAUAAUAUGAUACUUGCUGGUCAACACGAUCACAGCCAUUCAUUGACAUAUUAUUCUUGUCAAUGACCUCAGGCUUUACAACCGUCUGAUGCCCCUCCACUUUCUCAAUAUAUCCCACCUUGCCACAUGUUGUCGCCAUGAAGCAUGGUUUUUUAGCUUUCUUGUCCCUCCAUGAAACAGCCAGAACAUUGUUUUCUGCAUUGGAAUGCCACACUGCCUCUUUGUGCGCCAGUCUUUGAGUUUUCCAAUCAGGUGGAAAAUCUCUGCGUGCUGCUUGAACAGUGCCUGUAUAAUUGUAGCCUUUUGUUUGUAAAUACUUUAUGAGAGCUGCUGUGGUGUAGUACCUGUCAGCAUAAAUGUGAUGAUGAGGCUGCUUCAGAGGUUGCAGAAGGGUAUCAAAAACUUUUAUUGCUUGUCCCGCAUUGGGAUCAAGGGUAGGGUUAUAUGCUGUGUUCUUGCCGAAGUAGAUCAGCAGAUUGAUAACAUAACCUGUUGUUGAGUCACUAAGCCCGAAUGUUUUGAUAUGGUACUUUGCAGGCUUUGCAGCAUUGAACUGCUUGUGUUUGAAGCGACCUUAGUAUCCAAUGAUCAUUUCAUCAAUGCUGACAUUUUCAUAUGGAUAAAAACAUUUCCUAAACUGAUCCAGCAGCUUUGACACAAAGGGCUCAAUCUUAGCUGCUCCUUGCGCAUCAGGUUCAGAAGCAUGCACCAUUGUGUGGUAAAGCAGCUGAAAUUCAUUCCUUGAAAACAUUUGUCCAUACCAUGGUGUGUAUUUAUAGCAUUUUUUUUACCAAUAGUCACUGAUUUUAGGCCUUUGAUCCAUUCCAAUAUUUAUCAGAACAGCUUAAAACUUCAAAAGAUCAGGGCGCGCUUACAAUUUGCCAUUUAUGAAGACGUGAGUGUUCUAAGAGGGGGAUUUUUUUCUGCAUCACUACUUUACUGUAGGAAUUUAUUAAAGUCAGCAAAUCAUCAAUAAUUUCAUCUGUAAUAAUUUGUUUUAAAAAAUCAUAUGGAGUGGCAUUGUCUGGCAAAUUUAGAUGUGGCCCACUGUUAACCUCCCUAAAAUGAAAUGAAGCACCAACCUCUGCACCAUCACUUGCCUUCCUCCAUCCAUUAUUAUUUGACUGACCACCUGUGUCACCAUUAUAGCUAACAGUAGCAGCUAUAUUUCUUCCUGAUCCUUUUCUUCCUGCACCUUUUCUGCCUGAUCUCCCACCUUUCUGUGUUCUUCCUGCACCUUUUCUUCCUGCACCUUUUCUGCCUGAUCUCCCACCUUUCUGUGCAGGAACAUGAGUAUUAUCAUAUGAAUCAUCACUGUCACCACUAUUAUUAUUACCUCAUCUAUUUCCAUCUACCGACCCAUCAGAAUCAGAAAGCUGAUAGUCAUCACUUGAAUCAAGUUUGAAUGAUUCGUUGUUAUUUUUCGAUGUUUCAUCAUUGAUAAUUUGCAUUAAAAUCUCUUGUGCCUGCAAACUUGACAGCCUACGUGGUCUUGUAACACCUGAUGUGCUUGGAGUAGGCGUGGCCAUUACUUUGUUUAAAAAAUUUUCAACAAAAAUCGAAAUAUUAUUCGAAAAACACACGCCAACAAGCCCUACUUGUAACAGAAAGGAAGUUGUAAGAAUUAUCCUUCGUUUAAAAACAAAAAAGUCUGAUUAAGAGCCACAGGAAACGAAAUAAACUACAUUAAUGAUAUCAACAGUAUACUGUGCGUUGGCACGAACGUGACCACUCAAAUCGACAGUAUACUGUCGAUUGGCACCAAAAGAGUUAAGACGCUCAAUGCGGCUCAAACGCUUGUUGGUGCCGUUCUUCCCAUAGUUGCCCUAUCUUGUUGGGCUUCAUGUUAGACUGUUUACCAUCUACCGUCACUAGAUCGUGGAGUGGUCCUGCAAUUUUUGCAAAGCCCACGAUAAAUCAUUGGUAAUAACUGGCAAACCAGAGAAAACUGCAUAGCUCUGUCAUAGUUGUCAGAAAUGGCCAUUUUCUCACAACCUCAACUUUGGAGGUGUCACAGCCAACUCCUUGGGCUGAGAUGGUGUGACCUAGAAAUUUGACUUCACGCCGUAAAGCUAACAUAUAAGCCCAGUUACCCUUUUCUGUGAAAGUUGUCCUGAAACUAGUGGUAGAUAGUAACUAGUGCUUCACAUACGUCUUUUGUUGUCACAUUUUUCAAUGGAACUGCCUUGGGGCACCGGGUUGCCAUAUCAAUUAAUGUAAGUAUAUAUCUAUUUUUCUUAGUGCUCGUUUGUAGGGGUCCAACAAUAUCUAUUGCCACUUUUUGGAAAGGUGUCCCAAUGACUUGCAUCCCUCCUAGCUCUAUGGGUUUAUAUCUACCAGGAGGUCGAGCUUUCUGGCAUAUAGGACAUGUUUUAACAUAGUUGGUGAUUUCUUUGUUCAUGUUCGGGCAAAAAAAUUCGGAACAGAUACGGUAUUUUGUCUUCCUGACGGACAUGUGUCCAGCCAAAGCCGACUCGUGAGCAGUUUUUAACACUAUCGGCCGGCAUUUUAGCGGGACAAAUAAUUUUCUGUCAACUUUACUAUUAGUCUUGUUGGUAAAUACCCUUUACAGAUACCCAUUUCUAUUUUGAAACGUGAUGACUGUGACGUGACGUACGUUGUCUAGGGGUCGGUCCCCUGAGUACUAGCCACAGAACAAUUUUCAAGGGUCUAGAACCGCUGUUGUCUAGCUCCUACAGAGCUGAUGUGCUGAAUAGUCCAAGUAUUUAUUAAAACAAACGAUGCAAAGCUUCAGGGUUCAUAUGAUUUAUUGCCUCCAUCUUCCUGACAGUGGAAAAAUGCAUAAUAAACAUCUGCUGGUUUUCAGAAUACAAAAUUUGUGUCCAGAAAAAUGCUGCACAUAAUAUAAAAAAUAUAUUUACAGAAGUCCUCUGCCAUCCAUAGAAAAAUCUCCCUUAACAAACUAACGUCCUCACAUCCAAUCCACCGCGUUCGCCACUGUCACGCUCUCUGAAACUCAUCAUCCUUUUUUACACACUCCUCUCCUCACGUGGUUCCUCCCGACACAGCACACCGGUCAUGCCUGACCGAGAAAAAUAAAACUCGUGGGGCACACGGGAAAAAGAAACUCACCCACAAUUGGUCAAAUUAACAUCCUAAAAGCACACACAGAAAAACUCAUGCGAUCUGACUGUGACACGCCCCCCCUCACGAGUGACGUUUGGUGAAACCCAAUGUUGCGAGUUUACACAAAAACAACGGUCAGUUCGCGUGCAUAUUCUGGUAAACUGGCAUCAAUAUUUAUAGUAUAAAACAUAACGAUAUUUUAAAAAAAAUUUCUCAUGAAAGGUCUAUCUAAAAACACUGCGUCAUCAAUCAUAAUUUGAAAGUCACUACUAAUGUUAUGGCAAUGCAUUGUAGAAUUAAGACAUCUCUAAUGAAACAUACAUGGCAAUAGAUGAAAUAAUUACAAUUCUUUAUCAUCUUAACAUUUUCCUGCAAUCAAAUUGAGCAUUUAUUUUAAUACGUUGUCACAAAUAUUUAAAUGUUUUACACCACAUGAUUUUGAAAAAUCUUAAUUCAAAAGUGAAAAAGUGAAGGAAAAAAAAAUGUCAACAUCUGAUCAUGUUUGGACAGCCGUGAAUUGUCCCGUCAAUGUUUACAUACAAGACGGUGGAAUGUUUCGCUUAUCCCCUUGUCUUAAAAAAUCGUGGAGGUUACUUGAUCCACCCAACUCAUCCCUCUCUCUUCUCGGGUUUGACCUGCACGGUCUAGUAGGCACGAAUUCACCGAACAAGUCCUUUACACCCCAAGACCGUUUUGCUUCCCCCCAAGCUGUCCUUUCUCCUUUGUAACAAAUACCAUCAUUGUUGAAAAGCAAAAAAUAUUUUAAAUUAUUAGACGUGUCAACUUCACACAAAUCAAGUUUUCCAUCGUCUCGGGGCGGAAACACUUCACAUUCUCUGUGAACUGUGACAUGUUCAAAAAUAACUGAGUUAAACUCAGGAGCAGUCAAAAAAUGCGAUCUCCCCUCCUCCUCAAAACAUAACACACAUGAGCUUGACUCACGAGUAUCUGUGAACUCUGUCGAAGGUUCACCCUGACAAAAUCUAGUGGACGCUACCCUGGUCAAGGUUACGUCCUCUACUUCAUGGUUACCCCAGCUUGUCCCCCAUAUGAUCAUGACCCCUUGCUUGCGUGGAAGCGGAAGGUGAUUCAUGCCUUCAACACCCGUGGGUGUGUUAUCAAAAGCCAUGAGUGUGCCAUCAAAAGCCUCUGGCACCCUACAAACCUCAGUCGCUCUCUCAACAUCAAUAAGUAAAGUAUCCGUAACACUAUGCUCAUAAACAAUAUUCGUAUCAGAAAUAACGUCUCUGGGUUCAUAAUCAAUAUCACAAUCAAACAAACUACAAACCUCAGUCACUCUAUCAACAUCAAUAUGUGGAACAUCACCAAUACUAGGCUCACAAUCAACAAUUUCAUUAAAAUCGUCUACUUUGGGUUCAUAAGCCAUAUCACAAUCAAAACCAUCACUAGAAGAAUCAAAAACACUAUGUUCAUAAUCUAUAUUAUUAUCAAAAUUUCCAUCUGAACAAUCUACACUGGGUUCAUAAUUAAUAUCCCAAUCAAAGCAAUCAUCCAAAGCAUGAACAACACUGUGCUCAUAAUCAAUAUUAUUAUCAAAGUCCCCAAAUGCAACAUCAAUACCACUAGGUUCACUACUGGUGCAAGGGCGAUAGCCAUCCUGCACAUCAUCACACCCGUCCUCUUUAUCCACAUUAUCCAGCUUAUUUUCUCUUGUUUCGGUGUCUUCAAAAUAUUCGUCAACUAGACCAAAUUGAAAAAAUUCUGAUUCAUCAUUUUUCCUAGCAUUGAUAAUGCCCCUUUCUACAGUUGGAUUUUUAGUUUCUGACAGACUUACCCAAGACUUGUUCUCUCGACACCAUCUAAGCUCAUUCCCACUAACUUCUACCUUAGUAUAUUUCCUCUGCCUAUAUUUCCCAUAACUAUUUUUAAAGGCCCCCUCCCGCUUGAUUUCUUUAAAAGCUUUCUCAUCAACUUUACUUUGAGUAAUGCUUGGAUCCUCGUCCAAACAAUUCGACGUUAUGUCUAGAUCUUUAGUCAUGUGACUAUGUUCUUCAUUAGUAAUUUUAUAUUCCUUAAAGGUGUUUAGGUCAAAUGGUUUCUUAGACUUUAAUUGCUCAUAAAUUUUUCUCACCACAGAUUCUGGUGGCUUAUAAGCAUAGAUCCAUCUGAUACAUUCUUCUCUAAAUUCCCCCAUAGAUUUUUCUUCCUGGCGUAGGUCUACUCCCCCCACGAAACUGUUCUGUCCCUGUUGAUCCUCAAUAGGUUUUACACCAAAGGCCAUGUCUCCCAGUAUAUUGCCCUCAUUUUCCGCAUCACUCAGAGAAAAUUGUCCCCUUUCAGUACCAGUUAGUGUACUAGCACUAUACCCAGACAUUUUUCUCUCAUGUUCUUUGAUUCUUUCUUUUUCUUCUCGCUCAUAUGCGCGAAUUUCUUCUUCUUCUGCGCGAAUUUCUUCUUCUGCACGAAUUUCUUCUUCUUCUGCGCGAAUUUCUUCUUUUUCUUCGCGAACCUCUUUUUCCCUAUUAGCAACCCAUUCUUUCGCUUCCUCCCCUUCUAAUCCCAAAUCUAUUGCCAUUUGUUUAAUUUCGGCAAUAGUAGGUAACGACAUUUUUAUCUCUAAGUCUUAUGUCAAUAUAUAUGUUUACAAAAAAUUUACAAAUAGAAAAUGGAUCAAAUGAAAUGAGUAAUAAAACAAUAGAAAUUGCAAAUCUAAUAGCUAAAUAAUGUACUUAAAUAAUUACUUGUGAUGAUUCUCUUGAUGGGUGGCACUGGGAUUUCGGAUAUAUUGAGCAGUAUAAUCCAUGUGUUCUUUUGUAUUCUUGUAGAAAGAUACGGUUGGAAUGUCUGUUGUCUCCAAUAAUCCAAUGUGACUAAAAUUUAGGGUUAGUAUAACUGUCUGGCUGGUUUGCAUGGCUUUCCUCUGGACUGGUAUGGCCGUGAUGAUUGUUUUGACGAGCUGGUGUGGCUAGUUGGUCAGGCCACCUCUGUGAUGAAUGGUAGGCUGGUAGGGUUCUUUGGACGAUAUGAUGUUGCUUUAACGGCCUCUACUGUGGUGGAUGGUCUGCUAUGGUUUGUUUGUUGAACCACAUAUCAAAUGAUGAGCUGGCGUGGUUGGAUCGUGCUCCCACGGUGGCUAAUUGCAAGCUUAGAUGGCUGCUCCACUGUCGUGGAUGGUUAGGGCUGAUAUGGCUGCAUCGAACGGCCUCCCCUGUGGCUGAUUGUAGACUUGGAUGGUUUCCUUGAUGUGCCGCAACGACGGCGAAUGGUAGGUUUAGAUGGUUACUCCAUUGUGAUGGAUGACUAUGGUUGAAAUGGCUGCUUCGACAGCCUUCCCUGUGGCUGGUGGUGGGCUGGGAUUGUUGCUUUGAUGAGCCUCAACGAUGGCGAAUGGUAGAUGUGUAUGGUUAAUCCACUGUGGAUGGUUGGUAGACUUGGAUGGUUGCUCCACUGUGGUGGAUGGUAGACUUGGAUUGUUGCUUUGAUGUGCCGCAACGAUGGCGAAUGGUGGAUUUGUAUGGUUAAUCCACUGUGGAUGGUUGGUAGACUUGGAUGGUUGCUCCACUGUGGUGGAUGGUAGACUUGGAUUAUUGCUUUGAUGUGCCACGACGAUGGCGAAUGGUAGAUUUGUAUGGUUAAUCCACUGUGGAUGGUUAUGGUUGAUAUGGCUGCUUCGACGAGCCCCCACUGUGACGUGACGUACGUUGUCUAGGGGUCGGUCCCCUGAGUACUAGCCACAGAACAAUUUUCAAGGGUCUAGAACCCCUGUUGUCUAGCCCCUACAGAGCUGAUGUGCUGAAUAGUCCAAGUAUUUAUUAAAACAAACGAUGCAAAGCUUCAGGGUUCAUAUGAUUUAUUGCCUCCAUCUUCCUGACAGUGGAAAAAUGCAUAGUAAACAUCCGCUGGUUUUUCAGAAUACAAAAUUUGUGUCCAGAAAAAUGCUGCACAUAAUAUAAAAAAUAUAUUUACAGAAGUCCUCUGCCAUCCAUAGAAAAAUCUCCCUUAACAAACUAACGUCCUCACAUCCAAUCCACCGCGUUCGCCACUGUCACGCUCUCUGAAACUCAUCAUCCUUUUUUACACACUCCUCUCCUCACGUGGUUCCUCCAGACACAGCACACCGGUCAUGCCUGACCGAGAAAAAUAAAACUCGUGGGGCACACGGGAAAAAGAAACUCACCCACAAUUGGUCAAAUUAACAUCCUAAAAGCACACACAGAAAAACUCACGCGAUCUGACCGUGACAAUGACUCCCUGUCUUGUAUGCUCCACGCUAUUAGUUUUUGCUUUAUCCCAAUACUUAUUUAAUUUCUGGUCUUUUAUUUGUUCCUCUUUCAUGUUCAUAUUUUCUGGGAACCCAGGUACUGGUCCUUCUCCGAUGAUACUUUCUGUUGUCCUUUCCUUCUCCAUUUCUCUUGUACUCUGUGCUCUCGUCACUACAUUUCCAUAUUGAUAUAAUGCUAUCUGUGUUUCUUCUCCUACAUUCCCUACAAUUAGAUCGGCAACUGGGUUCUCGAACAAGGCAGCCAAAAAUGUGCCCUUCAAAUACUUAGUUUCUAUGUCCACAUAUGCAGAUUGUAACUCUUUAUUGUCCCGUCUAUAAGUCUCAAAUCAUAAUUUACAUUCGUAAACUGCUGCCUAGGAACUAACCCUUUUCUGCACCCAACUAUUGUGCAUCCUGUAUCCCAGAGUAUGGAAACCUUGUUCCCAAAUAAUUUCCCUUUUUCUAAAAUUAAUCUCCCUGUUGAAGUCCCUUGCGUGUCUUCUGCCAUGUCAACUGAAUGCAUUUGCCCUAACAACGGUUUAGGUGUAUUUCUAUCCCCGUUAUACCGUUGUUUUCUUCGUGACAAAACCCUUUUAACUGUUUCCCCAUUCAUGUUAACCAAUAAUUUAUUACGACACAAUAGAUCCUUUAGCCCUUCAAAAGUUUUUUCAGUUUUCGAGCUAUCCACCCAAUUAUCUAAGCUCCUUACUAAGUUUGAAUGAAACUCCCUGAAGUUAUCAUUCAGAGGUGUCAGCUCGUUCCAUUUCCCCCUGUACUUUUCCUCAUUGUAUCCUUUAUGUUUCAGAAGUAACAGUUUUACUGUCUCAUCGUCCAAUUUUUUUCCUUAUGUCCUCAGUCAUUAGAAAUGACUGUAGAUCCCCCGUCAACCUCACCUGUAAUUCUGUGAUCCAUUCCUGUUUUGGUACCCUGUUUUGUCUGGCAAUGUGUUCGAAGUUUACAAUGUAGUCGUCCAGUUCCUUGUCGCUGUCAUAUUUAGGGAGGCAUUUGAGUAAGUGGUAAUUUUUGUUGAGAAUUUUUUUUCACUAUUACAUUGUGUAAGUCCAUUUUUCAUUUUGGCUAAUUCAAUUUCUUUAUCUGCUUCUAUUUUUAAUUUCUUAAGUUCCUUUUCCCUAUCUUCUACUCUUCUCUUUUCUUCUCGCUCCUCUUCUUCCCUUCUUCUCUUUUCUUGUCACUCCUCUUCUUGCAUUCUUCCCCAUUGUUCCCUUACAUAUGUAUCUAACUCCUGUCCCGCAAAUCUGGGGUCAUUUUCUCCCACCUCCCGAAUUUCGGCUAUUAUUUCGGAUAUGGUUCCCUUAGCUUUGCUUCUUGUUUCCAUUUAUAAUGAUUUACCCCUUCAAAAUAUUACAAAUUAUAAAUUCUAAAAAUGCACAGCGUUUAACUAUAUAUUAGAUAAUUAAUAUAUUAAUACCUUAUAACAAUAAUAACAAUUGAGUAUCUAAAUAUUUUACCUAACUUUACUUGACUUGGCCUGUACUUUACCACGCCACACAAAAUAUAACAAUGUCACAGUUUUAAGUAAUAGUGUCCAAUUUGAGCCUACGUUGUUGACCCGGUAGCAGGCACUGUGUUGAUCUGGUUGUAGAUGCAGAGGCGCUCCGGCUGUAGGUGCGGCUAUGGUCUGGUAGUGGCACAGUUACGAUCUUGUCGGUGGUGCGAUGAUGAUCUGGAUGUGGCACAGUGACGAUCUGGUCGUAGGUGGUUUGCUUCGUGCCAAGGACAGGGGGGACACAGCAAACAGCGGUGUACAGCAACAAGCGGAAUAGAGUAAUCAGCAGGACACAGCGGCAGGAUACAUCAGCAGCGGUGUACUGCAACUGCGUUGAAUAGCCACCCAGGUGUAUAGCAAUAGUGGUGUAAAGCUCAGUGGAACACACUAAUCAGUGGGUCACAGCAUUGGACGGUUGCGUCAGCUGGGACAGGCGACACACAGCCUCCGACGAGCACCUCAGACGACUUGGGACAAGCGACACACAGCCUCAGACACGAACUUUUUCUCUCUCUGAUAAUUUAACGGUAAAAUCCACUUUCAAGGUAAGUGUAAAAGCGCAUAAAUAAUAUACUUUUGUUAAAAACCCAAAUAGCCGACCGUUUUAAAAAAAAAAAUCUUGCAAUUAAAAAUCAGUCAAAACUCAAAUUUUCAAGUCAGUAAAGCAAUAGUAAGACUUAAACCCCCCGAUUUAAAUCGCAGUCAAGCACUGUAGCAAACUAAGAUUAGUCGGUAAUCUGUAAUAUCCUAACCUAAUCCUAACCUAAUCAAAGAGAUAAAAGUAGUAGAUAAGCAUUAAAAAUGGCCACCACUACAAUCAAUCUUAAAGUUAACCCCCUCUCCUAUACCAAACCAGACACCAUAGUCAUUAUACUAUCGGGCCCCAUGGCGUACCAGGUCAACACUGACCUGAUAAUGAAAGAGCUGAACGCCAAGUGCAAGCUGAAAUGGGAGCACGUGGAGGCCCUCUAUAACCUGGAGGUACCAACCAGAUGGUACCUCAAUCUUAAAAGAGAGGCCAAAGCGGAGUACCAUACCCGCCUGCACAAUGCCCUCAUCGGGGGCAUAGAAAGCCAUGGUUUUCUAGGAGCUCUUGUCCAUGAGGACAAGCUCAACAUGAAGGUGUACCUCUCGUGGGUCCCUACCAUGUUGGGGGAAGAAGGGGUGAGAGAAAUCGCCGAACAUUUGGCGGCUCCAAACACCCCUUUUAAGGUGACUCGUCACCCCCAGAACGCCUCCAAGUGGGCGUUACAUCUUACACCGGGGAAAGAAAUUCCCCACUACAUCCUGGUGAACGCAGGGGUGUUCCAAAAACAUAAAAUAUGGGUGCAGGUGCCGGGGAGAAGGGUGCAGUGCUUCCACUGGGAGAGAAUUCCAUUGUUUGGGGCACAGAAAGAGAAGGAUCGUUCACCGUAUGUUUUAGUGCGUGUCAUGAGAACAGAAAGAUUACGCAAUCUGCGGAGGAACAAAGCUGUCAAAGGGGUGAAUGGACAGAAAGAAGUUUAGCCUAUGUACAAAAGGCCAAGUGGACGAACUAGAUGUGGUGCCAUAUUUUUCUUUUUCUUUCCAUUUUACUUUACCUGGGCAUAAUUUUGUUUCUUUGUGGCCGGAGGAGUAUAUUCCUCAACACCACUAUCUUCAAAUAGCAAUCUUUCAUCCAAAUCCUCUUCAUUACUUUCAUUUGAGUCUAAUGAAUUGUUAAAAUAAAUUAAUUGAUUUGCUGCUUCGACACUCAUGCAUUGAAAUCUUGAACGCAAGACCUAAUAGAAAUAUCAUUACAAUUUUUUGAAGUUAUUACAAUCAGCUGAUGUUGUUUACAGUAUAUAAAACGUGAUAACUAGCGGAAAAUACACUAAAUGUGGUAAAAAAUCUGUAAGAAAUUUCACACGAUGAGAGUUGAAACUCUUCUGAGUAAAGGUUUAAAAAGCUACAAAUAAAAUAAUUGAAAGUAAAAGUUUAAACAUUAAGGGCAUUAAACAAAUCAGUGAUCGUACUGGUAUUAGCCAAACAUACUUUUUUCCACAUCUAGAGACAUCUUGCUUCAGUGUAGAUCAUUGUAUCUGGAGAGGUCACUCGAAGUAUUAUAGAGCAUCGUUUGUCUGUCACUUUCAAAUAUUAGUUUCAGUUUGAUUGUUUGUGAUGUCCUCCAACGAAAUGUUUAAAUAUAUCACUAUAAAAUUUUUAAUAUGCUCAACAUUAAUGAUUAUGUUCUGAGAGACGAAUCUCUUAUAGUUGAAUCAAUACAGAAAAUUUGAAUCUCAUGAAUAGUUAAAGAGUCCAUCUGGUGUUCCCAAAGGAUUUACUGAAAAUCUAUUAAUAGCAGUAUUAGAAACUUGAUGUCAACAUUAACGACUAUCCGCCAUCUUGGAUUCGAAUAAUCAGCUGAUUGCUCCAGAAGGAAAACAAUUGUAGCUUUCAAUAGAUUUUGUCAAUUUCAUUUGACAACUUUCUUAGAUGUUUGAAUCAUUUAAUCUGCUGCCACCAUUCAAUCGAUAGUCUGUGUCACGACACAAUUUCGUUAUAAAUCAUAUCAGAGGCAAAGUGGCUCAAAUAGUGACUAUUUUAUUUUCCACAUUCAGUGACAUUCACAAUAAGAAAUACAUCUCACAAAAGUAAAUUCGAAAACACUUGGAAAUCAUAGGAAUUUCAAUGCCUAACUUCUGGGUAAUCUUCUUUACUUAAUAAUGUGUCAACACACUAUAAAUCUUCAUUUAAAACAUUAACGAUCUCUGUUCAAUCUUCUCAUACAAAUUUCUUUAUUCAACAACCAUUUUAUUCAAUUUCCAUCUUGUUUCACUCUAUGCUGUCAUUGGCCAGUUUUUUCUCAAGUCCCAAUACUCUGUAUUUAAUAUUAUAUAAGUAAUAACUACGAUAUUACUUAUCUCCCAUAUAUUCAUCCAUAUUCAUAUCUGUGACAGGUGGAUAACUCAAAUGUUGCCAAAUAGAAACAUAUCACUGUAAUCCUAAAAUAUACCCUAAUACCAAAUUUUAAAUGGAAAUAUUUAAAAGUAAACGAGAGAACAAGUAUAAAUAUUAUAAACAUAUUUAAUGAAUGUCAUACAAAAUAUUAGAAAAAACAAAAUAGUUUCAUGGUAGAUGGAACUUUCUGAAACAGUUGGAUUUUUGUGUAAGACACAAAUCGACAUUACAUUUCUCACAUUUUAUUCUGGCAUGGCCUUUACAGCCAAGCAUUUUGCAAUGACCUUUAUCAGGUACAGAGAGAGGAAAGUGGCUGAUAUUGUCAGUUCGAAUAGAGAAAAUUGGAACUUCAACUGUGGACCUCUAUAUUCUUUAAUUAAUCUGUGGCUCAAUUUCUAUUGAGGGCCAACCAAGUUUCUUUUGAUUUUGAGCUUUGUUUUGAUUCAUUCUUUUAUUUUAAAAUCUAAAGAGACAAUUUUGUUGUUUCUGGUAGUCCUGCAGCUGAACAACAGCAAGGUGAAAUAUGUGAAAAGUAAUUCUAUGGUACCAUUUUUUAGAUCUGAUGGGAUUUCUAUACAUGGCUACUCCACCCAUGAAACUAUUGUCUACCUUUAUUUCCACCUUCUGCUUUUUGUCCCAGCGUUUCUCCUUUUUCACUGGCUCUAUGCUUGCAAAGGUGCUUAGCAGAGUAACAGCCUUUUUGUCUACCCAUUUAUUACUUUAAAAUCUACAUUGUCAAAUGACCCAGUUUUUAGGAGACUGGUACCUCUUGACAUUUUUUAAAAAGUUCCUUGUCUGAGGGAAAUGAACAGUCUUUCAGUCUGUUGGAACGUAUGGUCCCAAGAGAUGCUAUACCAUCCUUCCAAAUUGGAGCGUGAGGGGAAUUGAGUUAAACCAAUUGUCAAAAUAUACUUGGUGCCAGACACCUUGAGGAAAAUCAUUUAGGAACCCAAGAACAAUGUCUGAUGAUGCCCUUAAGUCAGGUUGUCCUGGGCAUGGGUUUAUCUCCCCUGUGUAGAGUUCAAAAUCGUGUAUAAGACCAUUUGGGCCAGAACAAACAAACAACUUGUAGCCCGACAUUUUGGGCUUUUUGGUCUACCAGGUCUUUGAUGAGUUAGCAAGCCUGUAGAGGCCCCGUGAAUAGAGGCAGCUUAAUUCAGCAGCACAGUCCUAUCUGUUUUACCAAGGCCUUGUUGUUGACUGUAAAAUGCGGCAGAUAGUGCUGUGCCGACACGCGACUCACCCCAAUUCUGCUGGAUCAACUGCAGUAGCUUGUCUGGCGUGUUUAUUGUUGUGUCUUGCCGAGCCCGUCAAGGGUUCCUAAUAUCCAGUUGACUGCAGAGGCUGCAGGCUUCGGCUGCAGCUGUAAAUUGCCUGCAGCCCAUCAACCCAUUGACUGCAGCUGUAAGAAGAGUUUUGCUUCCUCAGAAAAUUGUUCUGCCCCACUCUCACCAGUAAAUCUGGGGAGUUUGGUAAGUCUGCUGGAAUCUUUCUGUAAAAAAAUCUUCAGUUUUAUUGAAGUGUCUUAACCCUUAAAUGCAUGAUUUAAAAAAAAAAAAAACAUUGAAAAAAAAACAUAUGUAUGUAUUAUUAUUUGUUUAUUCAUAAAAAAAAGGUUAAAAAAAAAUAUUUUUUUAAAGUUGUAAUGUUUCAUUUUAAAAUAAAUCUGGGGAGUUUGGUAAAUCUGCUGGAAUCUUUCUGUAAAAAAAUCUUCAGUUUUAUUAAAGUUUCUUAACCCUUAAAUGAAUGAUUUAAAAAAAAAAAAAAAACAUUGAAAAAAAAACAUAUGUAUGUAUUAUUAUUUGUUUAUUCAUAAAAAAAAGGUUAAAAAAAAAUAUUUUUUUAAAGUUGUAAUGUUUCAUUUUAAAAAAAAAAUAUGUUGUAUAUCUGCAACAUCAUGCAUCAAAGGCUAAUUUUUAUUCAGAAACAUGAUACUUUUUGAAGAAAUUGUUUUUCUUAUUGAAGCACAGAUUUACACCACAUUUCUCACACAGAGUUUCUGCAAACCCUUUACAUUUAAGGCAUUUACAUCUGGCACAUACAUCAGUCCAUUUUAGCCAAUGUCCUAAUAGUCGAAUGUCCUUUAGGAUGGGCCACUUUCUUUUUUUAGCGGCCAUCAUUUCUUCCACUGUGCUGUUGCUAGGGCGGCCUCUUUUUAUUGCAUUUCUUUGUCCAAUUUUCAUUAGACAGAAAGCCACUUCCUUCCGGAACUCAAAAAAUGUCAUUUUGUCUUGACCAUUUUCUUUGCAUUUUGAAAUUCUCUUGAAUAGGAUCCAUGAGUUUGCCAGUGCCAUGUCAAUGAAAUGGUAAAAAAAGGCGCAUAUACCACUUCUUGCUUUUUAAAAAAAUUUUGUGUCUAGCCAUUAUAGCAUCUAGCAAGUCAACACCGCCCACGUGGCGAUUGUACACUUUGACGACAAAGGGACAGCUAAUGUUUAUCGUUGUAUUUGCUGUUUUGUCAAAACGUUUUAUGGUAGUCACUGGUGGCUUGCCUGCAAAUGUGAACAGCACAGUGACUGCUUUGUUAUCCUUCCAGACCAAGGAGGUUACUUCUAUUCCAUCUACUUCUCUAACAAACUCGUAUGAUGUCCCUCCAGCAUCCUUUUUCAUAUCCUUUUCUGUGGGAAGUUUGCAAUUGGGUUUUCUUUUAGGGCGAACAGUGCCCAAGCUAAAUAUACCUUUUUUAACCAGAUAUGCCAACAGAGCAGGGGAGGUGUAGUAGUUAUCAAAAUACAGCCUGUAAUUUUGGUUUGCUGGGAUAAUUGUGGAUAGUCUUAUCACAACUUUGGCAGAAGCUCCAAGAUUGGGUUGAUCUGAUUCUUUUCUUUUGUUCUCUUGACCAGAAUACACUUCAAAUUUAUAAGCAAAGCCGCUCACUCCACAAGCACAAAUAAUUUAAAACCCCAUUUGAAGGGUUUCAUUGGAAGAUACUGCUUAAAAAAAUGAUGAACUUUUGUAGAUCAUAGCUGUUCAUCUGACAAUUGUGCUUCUAGAGGAACCAUAGCAUUUUUUACAUUGAGAUGAUCAAUAAGUGGCCUUAUUUUGUGAAGUCUACCAUGAAAAGGGUUAUCUUGAGGUAAAUGUUUGGUGUUAUCAUUGAGGUGCAACGUAGGCAAUACACAGAGAAAAUACCACACAGAACAGCAGUUAUGGGUGAUGUUUGAACAGUCAUCAGAUAUCAGAGGAAUAUCUUCAUCCUCUGAUGAAAUCAAUACAGAUGACAACAUUGAUUACAACGAAUCAAACUUUUAUUAGAAAAGGACACUUCCUCUAAAUACUUUUUUGACCAUAGCAGACACUGGUUAGUUGGAGCCAUCGAUUCUGCAAUAUUUGGCACCCCAGUCAAAGUUGUCCAGUACAUUCGUAUUUAGGGACACAUCAGGCAAGACAUCACCAUAAAAAAAACAUUUUUAUUUCUUGGGCUGUAAUGGAAUCAGUAUGCAGAUUGGUGAAAAAUCUGUCUGUGUAGAAUUGUUCAUUAAAAUAUUGAUGGAAAUAAUCAAAAGGUUCAACCCUACAUGAUUUAUGACUGAGUUUUCAGAUCGUUUGUUGUUUUUUUACGUAUGGAACAAAAUAAUUUGGAUGCUGAUGUCCAGUGGACUGCACAUCAAAUAAAUCAAAUAUCAAAUUGAACAUUUUUUGUUUGAAUGUUUUUUUUUACCAUCCCUAAUAGCACAAUAAAAUAGUUAUCAAGUUGAUUUCACUCUGACUUGUCUCUCGGGACUCAGGAGGAUAUAUCAUAGUUCACAUUCUUUCUACUUAAAGUAUAUAUAACUGGUUUCCACAGGGUCACUGACAAAACAUUAAAUGUCUUUAAACUGAAAAUAAAUGAGACUGUUACGAACCCGGUUCUACACAAAAAUUCGAUGGCUUCGUUGUCUAGGGGUUUUAAUAAUUAUACAAACCAUAUAUUCUUAUAAUUACAUAUCUUUAUUACCAAAUCAAAACUUCAAUUAUAAAAUGUCAUAUCCCCUUUCGCACAAUAUGUCACAAAAUAUCAAACAUUUAAUAACAACAUCUACCCAAAUACUCUCCAAACAACACGCAAUCACAAUAUAUAUUCAAGUCCUUAACAGUAUUAACAGAGACUUUAUGACUAAGUGUAAGGGAAGGUGGCAACAGCGGGUUGUCUGCAGGUUUUGCCACAUAUCCGAAGAAUACAUCUAAGAAGACCCUAAGGCUCUUUUUCUUUCUCCUUAUGCUGCAGCUGCUGGUUCUUUUGGAGCUGGCCCAGUCAUGCAUGUUACACAAAACUUGUUUGAGCAUUCUGAAAAUUUUACAUCUGCUGCGGUUUUAGACUCCUUUUUGCCUGAUGCCUUUAAAGUAAAGCAAUUCUUUUUGAGCUAUAACUUCAAGUUGAGCUCGGAAUCGGUGACCUUUAAAUCGGGCCUCUGCAUGGACAUCUUGGGAUCUCCUUUUCUUGACGCCUGUGUCUGUCCUUUACUCCUGUCCAGCUGAGUUCUCUCCAGUUCCGUCUAGCAUCCCCUUUUAUAAGUCCCGCGUCCCUAGAGAUUCCUUCCCAGGGUUUUAAUCGUAUUCCUUCAUCUCUGGUACUUAAAAUAUUCCUACUACCCCCUUAAGUUUAAAUGGACAUUAACUAGCCACAGCUAGUCACCCAGGGCUUUAAUCUAUUCCUACAUCUAAGGUACUAAAAUUGUCCCUCAGUCUAAAUGGUCAUAAACUAGCACUGUAAUGGUGCGUAUGGGUGCAAUCUGAUCAGAUACCAUAGAUCUGUUGGUCUCUGAUCAGAUAUCAUAGAUCUGUUGGUUAGUUACUGUGCUGUGGAAUCUCCACAAUAUUCCUUAUCUCCCAUUAGUAUUUAUAUUCAUAUCUGUGAAACCACUCUUUCACAUUUACGCCUUGACUACUUUAAUAAAUCCACUAACUAUCAUCAGGGAUUCUCACCUCGUCAAUUCACUUAACUGAAAUCAGAUUCAGUCUUUUCUCUUAUAAAGAUUAUAAAUGUGAUGCAUGAUUAGUGAGUAUUUCUUAAAAGUCAAAUAACUGUAGGUAAAGAUAAACUCGCCCAUGCUUUCCAGCUGCAAGGUUUUUUGUGACUUUAAUGGUGAGCUCUUCCUUGAUCAAAGUAAUCAUGGGAUGAAUAGACCACCAUUUUUGUUACUUAAUUCCAAUUAAUCAGAGUUUUGAAAGCAUUAUAAUUUUAUUUGGUGCGGUUUCUCAAUGUGAUAAGAGACAUCUUGCUGCAUUUUUCUGCACUAAGAAAUGUCAAACAAAUCAUUGUUUUAUUAUAGAAAAUUUUCUCUCAAGUUUAUCAAAAAAUAUAUAAUCUUCAUUUAUUUAGCAUUAUUAAAAUUGACUUAUUAAAAGAUCUGAUGUAUUGACUUUUUAAAAAAAAUCUUAAUAUCAUGGGGUUGACUUACCUGUCCAUAGCUAACCUCUAGAGAGGAAGCAAAACUAACUCCACUAACAGAGCUUAAAGAUUCUAGACCUGAUUCAAGUAUAUUCCAAUCCAUCCCUGUGGCGCUAUAGUCCAUGUAGGGCUUUGGCCUGCCUCACCACUUCCUUCCACUCAGACCUAACUAAUGCCUUUCUUUUCCAUGCUUGGACUUUCAACUGCUGUAGAUCAUUUUCCACAUCAUCUAUAAUUCAAAAAUAUUGUCCAUAUCCAUGCAUAGGUCGAUUUCCAUUGGUAUCAGUCCGGGUUUUAUUCUGUUGAUUGGCUUUCGUAACGUUGUUUUUUUUUUACAUGGCCGGGUUGUUAACCCUGCACACAACCGUCUGGGGGUUUGCCCCUUACAGCUCUCUGGAUAGCUGCCUUAGUUUUUGGGUAAGGUUCCCUAGCCUUUGUGGAUCCCUCCACUUCCUACAAGGCAGUAGGUUCUGAUUUUGGUCCGCCCCAGGUAUUUUAUUUCCCUGGUACCCUCCAUAUCUGGUGGGCUUUCUCCUAUCCGCCAUAUGGGGAGGCGCUCGAUGGAAGAUCAGUAUCUCCACGCGAAGAUUUAAGUAUAUUGCUCGUAAGAAAGGCCGCAUACAGUUUCUGCACUUUUUAACAUUGUCAGGUUGUUGCCAUCUGACCUCUCUUUUAGACUGUUGGAUUUCCUCCAGUUGCAUCUCCAAGGAUAGGGAAAUCUUGAUAUAGUCCAUAUUAACUGCUUCUCUUCUCUCUACUCAAACCAUAUUGCAUAUUGACUGCUUCACUUCUCUCUAGUCUAUUCUGAAGUGAUAAUUUUUCAUUCUCAAGUUCAAGACAAUACUUUUGUAUAUCCAAUUAUCCCCAUGUAGAAUUUCUUGAAUUUCUAUUGUUAUGCUUUUGACAUAAUCCCACCUUCUUCCUCCACAAACCUAGGUACUUUUGUCAACACAAUCCCACCUUCUUCAUACACUGACAGCCGAUGUCCACAAAUUUUAUCUUUUUUUUUGAGAUUACCUCAGCUCCUCAUUAUUAUACAAAAAUUUGUUUGUUUUCUUCAUCUUGAGUACAUUUAACUAUAGGUAAAGAUAAACUCACUCAUGCUUUCCAGCUGCAAGGUUCUUGGUGACUUAAAUGAUGAGUUUCUUCCUGGAUCAAAGUAGUCAUUGGGAUGAAUAGGCUGCUAUUUGUGUUACUUUAUAAAUUCCACUUAAUCAGAGUUUUGAAAGCAUUAUAAUUUCAUUUUGUACAGUUUCUAAAUUUGAUCAGAAACAUCAUUCUGCAUAUUUCUAAGAAAAUAUCCAGCAUAAUGAUGAUGUGGCAAAAGUCUGUCCAGGAGUCUGCACAGAAACUAAUUGCAUAAGUAAUUCAAUAGCCCCUAGACUAAACGAAGCUAUUGAACUACUUAUGCAAUAAUUAGCAGUUUGUAACAAUACUGUAUUGAACCAUUUUAAAUAUAAUACAAGUUCUCAAUAACGUUGUUUAAUAUUUCUUUUGGUAUGAACUUUAUUGACAGCAAUUUCUCGGUGGACAGUUUCUUUUGCACAAUUAGCUGCCUCUUCUGUUUCCACUGCUAUCUCCACUGCUUUGUAAAAUGUUAAGUCUGUGUCCUUCAUUUUGAAUAAUAUUUUAAUAUUGCUUCGUUCUUCAUAGAACACAUAAAUUUUUCCUUAGAGCUUCAUCCAGUGGGUUUUUUUUAAUAGCACCAAAUUCACUUGUUCUGCCUCUUGUCUUAUUCGUGCGGCCAACUCCUUAACUGUCUCUCCUGGCUUUCUACUGGAAUGCGACCAAAUCUUAAAUCUUUCUCUGAGAACAAAUUUUGUUGGAUCAAACUAUUCCAUCAUUAACAAAUAAACUUCUCCAUUGUUAAUUGAUUGAAGUCUUGUGGUGUGUCUCUUAGUUUUACCAGUGUUGAUACCAUUUUGUGGAUUUCCGGUGUUUGGUUAGUCAGGAAAAUUUGUGCUUGUUUUUCUUUUGGUAUAUUGUUUGCAAACACAAAAGUUAUAUACCUAGCAUAAUAGUCAGUGAAGGCUUCUUCAUUACUAUUGAAACUUGCAAAUUUCGUCUGAAUAGAUGUAUUCCCUGUUUCUAACUUCAACAGUACUUCAUUUUGCUGUAUCAGCUUUUGGAUUAUUUCCACCUGGGUCAGAGUUGACUCCGCCCUAUUUGUAUAUAUUAUCUUCAGUUACGUGAAGUCUGUGUGCCAGCAUAAUACUAGUCGAUUGAUUUCUUCAAAAAGUACUUACUGCAUACUAUACUGGAUUGUACUGAAUUGUACUGACCAACAUUUGUUAUGUUUUUAAAUGUUUUAACAUCAGGCAGCAGAACAAUUUUCUACAUCCCAAGGACAUGAUUUUCCUGUUGGAACUUGUGACAAAUGUGGAGGAAAAUGACAUAAGGGAAAUGUCUGCAGAUAUAGAGACAUGAUAUGCCGCUGUUGACACAAGAAAAUGUAAAUGAAAGAACUGCUUUCAAGCUUAGUAAAUGAAUGAAAUAGCAAAACGAGGUAUGUGGAAGCUUGAAUAAGAUAACAGGACAAAAAACAAGGACGUUUCGGCAUAAAGCCUUCCUCAGCCAACAGUAGAAAUGAAAAUAUAACAAAAAACAGAGCACAGUAGACAACUCAAGAAGUAUCCAUUGGUGACGCCGGAAGUGGGAACACAGGAAGCGAGAGAAUAUAAAUAUUUACACUGUGAAAAAUGAAGUCCACAAUAAUAAUGGACUAGAAUAUCCAGGGAUACAUCAACAAACAAGAAAGUACAUCUGGAAAGAGUAUGUCUAAGUUCUCUAAGUAAGAAAGAACAUACACCAAGACAGAAACCAAGUUACCUUAAAAGAAUUUUUUUAAAUUUAUGUCAGAGUCUGUAUGGCGAUAUCAGCUUCAGGUGACCAACUUAAUGUGUAAAAAUAAAUACUGAUAUAAAGGAUUCAUUUUCAAACCUGUCAUUCGUGGUAGCGAAAGAUCACAAAUUAAAUUUGUUGGGCAGAAUAGUCAUAAGAAACCACAAUAUUUCAAUAGACAGCCUUUUUCAACCACAAGUGAAUCAUAUCAGCAAUCAAAACUCAUUGAAUAAAUCUGCAAUGAAUUCCCUCAACUUUUUGCACCAGGUCUUGGAUUAUUGAAAGACUUUGAGCUAGAGAUUAAGUUCAAGCCAAAUGCAAAGCCAAUCUAUAUGAAACCGAGAAAUGUUCCUUGUACUAUAAAGGCAGAUAUUGCAGAAGCUUAUGAAGCUGGAAUAUGCUCUGGCGUCUGGAAACCAGUGUAGUUCAAUCAAUGGGGCAUUCCCGUAGUUCCAGUAAGAAAGAAGUCUAUCUCAGAAAAAAAUUCACAAAUAUAGGGUCUGUGGGCCAAUCUAAUAUUUCAUUUAUCCUCCAAAAGCUCAUAGUUUCGGGCUAACCUUUCAAAACGGUGUAAGUAAACGUGAGUUGUCUCUACCUUUUCAUCAAACGAGUCCAGUGGGAAUAAUAAUGAUGGGUGAAUGAUUCCUGCCUUGGCGCCGUACAUGACUGUGGUUAGCAUGGUAUUGGAACCUGAAGUGGUCGCUUCAUUUAGUCGCUCACGGAUUAUCUUUUCCCUCUCCACUUCCAUCUCCUUCAUUUUCAAUUGAGUAUCAAUAUCCUUGAGCUUCAACUCAUGCUCUCUUACUGCUCGCUCCUUCUCUGCCUCUCUUUCGGCCUGGGGAUGCUGACAAUGACAAAGACUUUUAAAUCUAUCCCCACAUUGGAUGUAUAUGUACAUGCUAUGUCACCUUCAAUACCUCGAUCUGAAUUCAUUGCUGUUGGAAUGGGACAUGUCAGCUUAUGACUAUACUAUUAGCCUAGAUAAUUCAUAUCUAUUUUGUAUCAUUUCACAUUUAGCCUGAUUGUAUUGUUAGUGAAAUGACGCACCUUGAAGCUGGAACUAGGGGAUCUUUUUUCACGUAUUAUAUACUUCUCAAUAUGUUUUGACUUAAAAAACUAGCUCUUGAAUGAGAUAUCCUCUUGGCACUCUGUCUGAGGGAUUAAUUAAUUUAAGCCAAAUUACCAUUCAAACAUAAAAACCCAUCUAUAUACAUAGAGAAUGAAACAAAGUCUUUGUCAAAGGGGCAAAUAACUGCAAGGAUUUAUUCAUGAUCAGUAUUACAUUAACUUUGAAGUUCACUCCUUUGUUAGAGAAUAUAUAUACAAAAUGGAAUUCAGCAAAAUUUUGAAGGUAUGUUAUUUGAAUAAGUGUCCCUAAAAUACUGAUAGUAUCAUCAUUAUAAAAGCUAUUUUUGCUCAAGGUCAUAAGUUCAAUCAGUGUGGACUUAGCCUGAUAUAAUUUCACAAUUGAUCUCGGCAGAGCAAUAAGUGUUUGAGUUUCUUCCGUUCCAGAAGGGUGUCCUCCAUUCCUGUCUACGUAGCUUUUCAAUGCGAAGCGGAGUAGGCGUUCCCAGUCGUAGAAGGCAUCAACUUCUUGUUCCAAGAGUUUCUUUGUGAUCUCUGCGGAAGUAGAAUCUCCAGCGAUAAAUCGUGGGUGUUAAAGAGUCUCUGAAUCUCGAGGUCCUUAUCGUAGCCGUACGUAGUUUGGUGUAAGACGUGAAAAACUAUCUCCAAGUUCCAGCUUUAAGGUGUGUCGGUCCAGUAAGAAUAAACCAGGUGGUAUUCUAGGUUGCAGCUAAUGAUUAAGGAUCAGGCUAAUGAAGUCCUAAGUCUAAUAGGCUGCAGUGUUCACAAUCAAGUGAUAUAAUUAUGUAGCCAAGUGGUGCGUAGCUUACAGUUUAAAUAAAAUCACAAUAAAACAAUCAGGUCUGAGAACUAUAGCUUUUUAAUUAAUGUAAGGUACAAUCCGUUGACAAAGCCGACAGGAAAAUCUCAUACCUGCCGUCGACCCGACGCAUCCGUUCCACACCACAAUCUAACAAAUGUACACACCUCAAGUCCCAGUUCGCCACCCCCCUCGCCACACACACACAGUCACAGGGAACCCGCGUCUCGAGCUGACCAUGGGUCAACUCCGGAGCAGGGAUGGUUAUUCCCGCGUGUAAAUAACCUACAUAAAAUUUAAGGCCAGUACAUGGCUGAGUGUUACUUUAAAUGACCAUGGAUGUGUACGUGCUUGGGGUUACCCCUAGCAGUCACACUAUGACUAUGAGAGUGGAUUCUCUUAUUCCUAUCUGUUCCAUACUGCCGCAUAUAAAAUGUUACCUUAAAGCAUUUGCAAAUAGUGGCACAUUGCCACAAUUAUAAAAGGACAUAUUCUAAUCUGCUUCUGCUAUUUAUUCAAGUUGGGGAACGAUUUUAAUUGGUUGGGUUAAAAGUUGUUUAUUUUCCCAUCCAAUGACAUCAGUCUAAUAUUACGGAUUCAACCUUCCACCCAGAAAAAUUAUAGGGGAGAGGUGUUAGGGUUGGUUCACACUACAAAAUUCUCCUUCAAACAUUUGAUGCAAUCUGUGUAUGAAGCCUUGUCACAACUUUCAAAUCAUUAUUUGAUCAAAUUUCGAUGGCAUGCAAUUUAUUUUAGUUUUAGUAUUAUUGGGCAACCUCCAUAUCACGUGAACAAACACUAAAAAGAAGUUCGUCAAUCUAGGUCCUGUUUACAUGGACUACGCUAAGUUAUGAAACAAUAACAGCCUCCAAAUAAGAAUUACUGACUUAACUUAGAAAAAAAUAUAAUAGAAAAAACUAGAAAAUAAUUGGGCAUGAUAUAAUUGUAAUUUAUUUUUUAAAUAGGCUUUUUACUUAUAAAGCAUAUUCUCUGCAACUUUGGCACUAAGCAUGUCACUAGGACUAGACUAAUCAUAUGACUACUAGACUACUACUACUUGUUUCUUCUGCUACGCUACGGCUAGAAUAUGCGACUUAAUCUUAACUAUUUCUAUGUCUGCCAUUUAUAAAAAAAAGCGAUUACUGUCUAAACUGAGUGACUCACUCUGGGAAUUGUACUCCACACAACUAUCUGGAAUGCCAACUAGCUUUUUUUAAAAAUUUUAGUAAUAUUAAUAAAGUAUAAAGUUUAAAAAAUAACAUUCAAGAAUGGUUUAGGAGCAUACUUUUUUGAUGAACUCCGUUCAGGACAAAUUUACAUAUUUUUUUCAGCUCCAGGUCAGGUCCGACAAAAAUAAAAAUGAGUUGAAGGGGUGUUGAGCGUUUAAAUAAACGUUUAUUAGUUUAUUAUUUACCCAUCUAAAUGUAACUAACAAGGCAUUAUGAAUGAAUUAGUAUUUUUAUUUUGUAUCCAUUAACUUUUACUAUUGAAACUUGGAUUAGUGAGAAAUUUGACCAGGUCGAUCUACUGGCAAAGAAAAUAUUGCAAGAACCUUGAAUCCCUGAUUACAAAUAACAAUUAGAAAUUAAAUUCUCCUAAAUCAAUAACACCACUCCUUUCCAAUGAUAUCAUAGCAAAUGAAUGUCCCCUUACGGAAAUAAAAAUAAAGAAUUCAACUUUAUCAUUGUUAGAUUUACUUAUUUACCUUAGGUCAAUUAUUAAAUUGUUUUUCUGUGGCGACCCCUUUUGUCUACUUUUUAAUUAUUUCCACAGAUAAACAUACAAUUUUAGUAGUAUUCUGUUAGAGUAAUAUUAUAGACCUCUAUUUUUGUUCUUUUUUAGAAUAUAGAAUCACUUGACUUUAAAUAUUAUACAGAUUUAAAUAGGCACCCUUCAUUUGACAUAGAACCACAGUAAAUAGCUUACAUUUCUGAAGGAUACUGUUACAUUGUACAAUUACAUUCAAGUUCUACUCCACAUUCAUAAAUAGAUAUAAAAGUAAAUUUAAAAAAAAUCAAUAUAAUUUUUUGACUCAUUUAAAUGGUAAUUUGAAGUACCGUUUGAAAAGUUUUAAGAUAGUUAGAUAGUAGAAUUUGCAAUAGUUUUCUUCUCUGUCUGAUAACUACCAGUGGAGCAUGGGCCAUUAACUAUUACUUUCCAAGUCUUUUAGUUAUAGAUAUCUUCUCCAGCUCUAUCCGAUCUUCAUAACGGGGUACAUUUUUGUCAUAGAUAUCUUCUCCAGCUCUAUCCGAUCUUCAUAACGGGGUACAUUUUUGUCAACAUUCCUUUAACAAGGGAAAUCAUUUCUAAAUUAUGCAUUAAAAUUUAUAGUACACUCAUUUUUAGUACUCUGUAAAAGAUUUUAAAAAUUAAAUUAAGUAAAAUUAUCUAUAUGUUGAUAAUUUAUAUACUGGUACUCUUACUUAAAUUCUGCUCUAAACUAAAAUGAAUAGUAUUUUAAGGAGUGGCAAUCUCUUUUUAAACAUAAUUGAAAACAUACAAGUCCAAUCACUGAUUUCACAAAAGCUCAGAAAUAAAAUUUUAAAAAUUUUAUAAAAAAUAAGCAGUGCCGAAUGAACUUAUCAAGAAGCACUACCAUUAGUAGUUGUCGUUCCAUAUUUUAAAACAGGAAGGAUGUCUCAAUCAUCUUUGACUAUAAAGAUUCUGUCAUUUUCUUUUCUUUCAAGUAAUGGGAUUGUGAAUGCUUGUCUUUGUUGAGUUUAAUAAUUUCUGAAACAAGCAAAAAAGGAAUAUAUUUUUUUCAUUGCUGAUAAAAUACAAAAAUACAUAUUAUAAAGGUUUGAUCAAACAACCACUCAUUUUAAAGUGUAUGUGUUAAUAUUUCCCAGUUAUCAUGCAUCACAUAUACGUUGUUUGAUAAAUAAUGCAGACAAUAAAGUAAUUGAAAUCUGGAAUUUUCUAAUUUGUUCAAGCUUUUGGUGGAAAGAGUAUGACUAAUCAAAAGCCUCCCAGAUUUGUAUCUUAGGUUUUCAAUAAUAAAUUAUAAUCAUUAUAUUUUUCUAUGUUAAAUUGAUACUGUUGCUACCUUUUUUGAGUGUAAAUUGGAAUGGGAAAAGUGCCUAAUGGAUUAGUGUUAAUUUAGUUUGACAGGAGGAGGGUGGCAAAAUGCCCAUUCACACCAUUUUAGGGUGAUCACACCCGAAGUAGGGAAACCCUUUAACAACUAUAAUAAUAAUAAAUAAGGCCAAAAUUUCAUCAUUAAAAUUUCAAUGUUUUUUCUACUUAACAUUUUGUAUAUUUUUUAGCAGAAAAAUAGUUAUUUUCAUUUUAGUUAUUUUAUGAUUAUAUAAAAUGGUAAUAAAAUUGGUAUCUUCUAUAUUCAUAUUUCUGAUAGUUUCAUCUGUAGUAUUUUUUUUGUACCACUUUCCAUUCGAUUUAGGCAUACAUGAUUGUAGUAAUGAAAUAACUCUCAGGGCAAACGUAAUUUAAUUAUAAAUGGUCCCCAACCAAUCGUAUUUCUCGAUUCAUUCACUGCUCAAUGUAGAAAGGAGCUAAAACUAACAACUGAAAAUGUACUUUUUUUUUUUUACUUUCCUUUUUGAAAAUUUACCUGAAUGUACGAUAUAUUAUAUUUUAAACCUGGUCUCUUACUUAAAUAGUUGUUUUGAAAGGUCUUGGUGUACAAUAGUAAAAAACAUCUCAACUUCGUACAUUAUACGCCCAAAGGAGUUAAGGAAAUCCAAGGGUUAAAAUGACUCAUGUCGAGCAUCUUCGAGUAUUUUCUGGCAACGUUUGUCGAUGGUACUCUGCAACAGUGUCUAUCAACGAAUACCCAGGCACACAGAGUAUUGGAACACAAACACUGUAUGAAUGACUAGAGUUCUUCUUUUUUAUGUGGAUCUGUUACGCAGAUUCACCUGGUUACAGCAUCUCCUUAUAACCACAAUAUAUCCAAAACACCGUAGCUAUCACUCACGAACGUCUGGUGAAUAUCUCCUGAAUCACCUCCCUCUUUCCCACUCUCUCUGUCUAAUGCCUUAGAUCCACACACUUGUUUAUUAGUUUAUUCCUGUCAUCCAAUGAUCAUUCGGACACAAUGAUAGGACUCAUGACACAACUCAUGGGGACUCAAACAGCGUUCUGAUCAUACUAACAGUGAUUCUCAUACCCUUGACAUAGACUAUCCCUCUCUGAAAUCACUGUCACAAUAUCAUAACUUUAAACAUGUCAAUACUUUUAAAAAAUCAACUCUUCCCCACAACUUUUUACCGAGUGAAAUAAAAUUAAUGGUUGCUUAGAGGGCACCAAGUGAAAUCCCCGACUUGAAAGUGUUUAAUGAUGUUUUAGCAGAUAACUAGCAUAAUAAUAGGGGGAAAUGCUUGUGUCUGAGUAAGCAAAAACCUGCCAGCCCUGCAACCAGUGCAUACACCGAUGCAACCGCUAGGUGCCCUCAAUAUAACCAAUUGUGAUAUUAAAGCUAGAGAGCAGUCUAUUUUCAUUUUUCUCUUAUUGUCUUUAUAAUCCUUUGGAUUUCUUCGUCCCUCUUUUUUUUCAUUCUUCCCAUUAUUUUAUUUCCUCUUCCUUCCUUUUUGCUUACUCUUUUACUGCCUGUAACUUUAGUUUUUCCUGUUUCUUUUUCUCCAGGUCAAUUUUUCAUAUGGGCUUUAUUUCAUCUUCUUCUUUUCCUGCCCUGUCUUUGUUGAUUAAGUGAUCUAUAAAUUCUUUUCCUCUGAUCAGUGGUGGGAGCUUUUAUGUUUUGCGUCUCAGAGAGUUCCAUUAUGUAAGAACAGGCAAUGAAAGUGGAUCCUUUUGAACAUAAGGUGGAGGGUUUUUGACAGCUUUGUCUUUGAAUGGUACUUAGGAAUGUUCCUGUGGUAUAAUUGCAAUAAUCUGUACAAAGAGUCAUUGCAGUUGUAACUCUCUUCAAGCCUUUUGUAAAAUAGUCUUUAAGUUUGAUUCUCCAACAUGUGCACAUAUCAUAGCAAAUUUGUUAAAAUUUGAAGCAAUAUCAAUGGAAGCAUCUGGACAGGUGCUUGUGCCACUAAUAGAUGGAGGUUCUGCUUCUGAUGUAGGACUAGAAAUCACUGGGGCUGUUACUCACUGGUAGAUGAGCAUCUGACAGAGACUGGUAGAUGUGGGGCUGAUUUAGUUGUGUUUUUAGAGAGGGCACAACUAUGAAGAUGGCUGUCAAAUGUUUGGUCCCAUGGCAAAAUAUUCGUGUGUUCCUACAAAUAUUUUGCAUUAUCUAAGGUUGACGAGGUGUAGAGCUCAGAGUUGUGACGAUAUCUCUACACUUCUUGUCGGACAACCAUAAGGAUCUCUUAAGUUUCUCUGACUAGUCCAACUUAUACUCUAUGUUAGUCCAAGGCACUACACUCUUGAGUCCAUUAGAUAAUACUAAUCUAUUAGCUUUAGCACAUAUAGCAUGUCAUGUAACAUCACCUCCAAAAUCCGGAGAUACACAGCAAUAAUCACUAUUUCACAAUAGGUCUGCCACACUCAGCAACACACAAUCUCGUCCAUGAACAUUAUACCACUCUCUGAAUCCUUUACUCAAACUUGCACUUGGUUAACAUUAUUUACUGUUAUUCCACACAACGCAACAGUGGUUCUCAUACCCUUGACCAUGGCCUCUGAGGGAGACGGCAAAGCUGGUGUUUUCAUGUUCGGUUGCAGGCUGAUGUUGGGGUGUCCUGUCAGGCACAAUAUGUGCCAGGCACAAUAUGUGCCAGGCACAAUAUGUGCCAGGCACAAUAUGUGCCAGUACUGUCUGCCAGUAAAUAUUGGUUGGGUCUUGUGCAUAUAACCCACUUAUUUUAAACACUUGUUGAGCAAGAUUUUUCUGCACCAAUUCCUGGUAAGCUACUUUAAAAACACUGGUAAAUGUACGUUUAGUAAUAAUUUCAGCUUCAUCUUGCUUUUUGACAACUUUCCGACAUUUUUUCUUCAUGGUUUGGGAAAUACCCACAUCUAAGGGCCUCUUAAUGUGAGACGAAUGGGCUGGCAGGGUAUUACAGUAUAAUGUUGUGGCCUGGAUGGACUGGUGACUGAUGUGGCCAUCAACUAAAAGCAGAAUAGGCCUAUUAGCAGAGCGGUUCGGGGCAGAAAAAACUGCUCCAGCUAAUCAGCAAAAGAUGGUCUGAUUGGUCCGUCCAUUUGUUGAUUUUGUGAUGUAGAAUUCUUCAAAUACUUCAUUUGGCUUAAAGCCACGGAAUGGGUACCAGGGUAUAUGAGCAAUGGCCACACGUAGUCCCCUAUAGCAUUGGAGCAAACAAGUGCAAUGAUCAUGGGUUUUUGCUCACUCAGAGCUGAUAAACAAAUUUGGUUCCCAUGAAGGAUAAAAAAAUUUCCCAGUCCCAGGAUCAAGACUGAACCCUGAUUCAUCGCAAUUGAAAAUCCGAUUUGGCUCAAUGACUAUAGAGGCAUCUAUUCCUUUGACUGUUGUAGUGAAGUUAUCAAACCAUUUGAGGAUGGAUUCAUUCGUUACUGCAGCUCGUCUUUUCACAAGUUUUUGUGCAAUAUGAAAUCGUACCUUCUAAUCCUCUAACUUGUUGUAGUAAUUUAAUUCUGGUAAAUUCAUUGAGCAUUUCAGUGAGUGUAUGCCCUAAGAUGGUAGUCGAUAGUUUUCUCGCCAUUCUCACUAACUGCCAGUACUCAUAAAGAUCUUUUCCCUUUUAUAUCCUCUGUCAAAAUUAAAUUCUUGUAGAAUCAGCGCCCACCUUGUUUUUCUAGAAUUUGCUAAUAUGGCUGUUCUCACAUAUGGCUCUAACUCAGGGGCGCCCACAGCCUUAAAAAAAAUGGACGCACACCUUCCCGUCUCCUAUCGUCAUUGAUCAGCCCUUCUUAAUCAUAUACUGCUAAAUAAAUGUCACCACAUGCCAUGACUCAUGUGUCUCAUAUUAGCAAAAGUACUCCAGCAAAACAUAAAGCAAAACAGGUAUAUUUUUUAUAAUUUUUUCAAUUUCACCAAUAUUUCAUACAUUUUACGCAAAGAACUGGCUACAAACAUAAUCUAGCCUAAGUAUAUUUACCGUCAUAUACCUUACGUAAACACGUUGCUUGGCAAAUCAGUCAUCAUUGUCAACAAAGGCACACACAAUUCUAUGAUGUCCUGUGGCAUCGAAGUCUUUUAUGACUUUAGUGACGUCAGGAAAUAUGUCAGUCUGAAAAUGCAGCAGCGCCAGAGCUGAUAGUCGUUCUGAUCCGAUUGUUGAACGCAUAUAACUCUUGAGACGGCGGAGCGCCGAGAAGCUGCAUUCAGCUGUGGCGGAUGUAACAGGCAUCGUUAAAAGUACAUGAAAAACAGUGUGCAAAUUUGGGUAUAAAUCCUUCGUGAGCAAAAAACAGUCUUGCAAAGACACCGCAGUGUUGCUGACUUCUCCUUCAGGCGCAGAAAGUUUGAACUUCCACCUCUCAAUCUCUACAUCAAGAUCAUCUGAAUUAAUGAAUGCCGCAUAAGCUUCCCGAAUUUUAUCCAUGACAUCCUUAGUCAGACUGGAUAUAUGUUGCGCAUAAGCAUUUCUGCUGUCAAACGUCCUGAUGAUGCACAAAUGCGGUCUUGAAGUUCUGUUAUUAGGUGAUCCAAAAAGGAAUUGUGAACAUUUAGUCUGAAGUAAUCUUGCACCGAAUUUAUCGGUCCCUGUGCAUUUGAUCUGUACUGUUGUCUAGCAGUAACUCUUGGUGCUUUGACCUCAACAUUCAAUUUCUGUGCUAACUUGGAGGCCUCGUCAAACAAUGAAUUGCAUGAAUCGUCAUUGCUCAUUUUCAAUUUCAGAAGGUCGAUCAACUCCUUGCACUCACUAGAGGCACGAAUUAAAUUCUGAUCCACAGACUGCAAUGAGUAGGAAAUCGGUUUCGUGUAGCGCAAGUAGUGAUGAACAACGACAAGCGUAUAUAUGUACCGAAAAUUCUGGAUUGAUAAUUGGACAGAUUUUUGAUCAUCAUGAUCACCCAUGAUCUGUCACCCAUUAUUAAAAAUUGAGGAAAUACAAGAAUACUGCAACGAUUACACAAAAAAAAGUUGCUAAAGUAGACUACUUGAAGAACGGCUUGAAUGUAAACAAAUAUGGCCGCCUGGACAUGCACACGUCUUACAAUAGAGAUGUAAAAGUAAUAAAUACCCGGUAGUUGCAUAGAUAUUUUUAAAAAGUUUCUAACGGUCAAACAUUCUCACAAGUCAGGGGUGAGGGGAACUCUUAAAUUUGAUAUUUUUCAUUUUGUUAUUUGUUUUUAAUAUUUAAUUUAAUAAUUGAGCUCCGUGGUGCAGCGGUAAGGCGCUAAUUGACUUUUAUAAACAAAUAUUAAUUUUGUAAAUUUUAGAUGUGCGUCCAGUGCGUCACGCUGAGGGCGCCCCUGCUCUAACUUGUAUGAAAUCAUAUCCUCCAAUUUGUUGUAGUAUGAAAUCAUACCCUCUAAUCCUCUAACUUGUUGUAGUAUGAAAUCAUACUCUCCAAUCCUCUAACUUAUUAUGGUAUGAAAUCAUACCCUCUAAUCCUCUAAAUUGUAUGAAAUCAUACCUUCUAAUCCUCUAACUUGUUGUAGUCUGAAAUCAUAUCCUCUAACUUGUUGUAGUAUGAAAUCAUACCCUCCAAUCCUCUAAUUUGUUGUAGUAGUGUGAAAACAUCCGCUGUAAUCCUCUAACUUAUAUGAAAUCAUAUCCUCUUACUUGAACCAGAGGUCUCUUCACCAAGACCAUAUAACCUGAGGUCCGAAAGUUGAUGGCUAUGAUUUGUUUGCUGAAGAUUGCAUAGUGUUGAGAAUGAAGCACAAAAACUAUAGUAAGAUGUUAGUUGAAUAAACAACUAUUCAUAAUUGUUAUACAAUUUGUGUGGAUUAAAAAUGACUCGACUCUUCAGCAUCCACUCAUGUUAAGAAGCAAUACUAACUGCAUUAUCAAACAUGAUACUAACUGAGAACACCAGUGGUGUUCAGAUCAUUUCCCAAGAAUAUCAUAAGGUAACUUUAUAACACAGUCAGAGAGUGAAGUCCAUGCUUAAUAGCUAGGAUGAAUAAGGAAUUUAGAGUUUCUGGUUCCAACAGGGCCAUCAUAACAACAUAGGAGGCCCUGGGCACAGCAAUGCACUGGGGCCCCCUAGCAAUGUUAUCGUUCCUAAGCCAAUUGAAAAAAAGGGGGGAGGGGGGUGUGAAACAGUUUCUGCUCCUCACCAAGAGGAAUAAAAAAGUCAAUAAAGUUAAACUUCGAUGAAUUCAAUUUAUUGAUACAAAAAAAAAUCAUUAAAUAUCAAUAAUAGCUUUGAAACAUCAGAAAUAAUAAUCACAGAGGAUGAUAAAUUAUCAUUAUUGACGGAUAGAUACAAUAAAAUUAAUAUAAAUCAACAUAAUCAUUUGUAUAAUUUUUUUGCAGAGAAUUGUUUUAUUAUUGGUUUAAAGUCAAUGGUCUUAAGGAUGUCAUUUUCCACGCGCAUAAGUGAGAGCCAGUUCAAACGUUCUUGUCCUAUUAGUACUGCAUAACUGAUUCUUACCUUAUUAUUUUUCUAUUCAUAUCUGGGAAAAGUAAAACUUGUUGACGAGAGUUAUUCCCGUUUAAAAGUUUUAAAUUUGUCUAACUUUGAUUCACAUUUAUAAUAUUAGUUUUGGAGUGUGCUGAUAUAUAUCUAGGGUAAAAAUUGUUAAUUUCAAAUCCAAUUAAAUUGUCAAAAUGUUUCAAUAUUUAUUAAAAUUAUGUAAAGCAUGAUGGCUCUAUAAGAGUAAGUCUCCUAGAAGCGUGGAGCCCCUUAAAAGUGUUGGUUUUCCUACAAACGUGGAGCCCCUUAUAAGCAUGGGGUUUCCUACAAGCGUGGGGCCCCCUACAAGCGUGGGGCCCUGGGCCAAUGCCUUAAGAUGGCACUGGGUUCCAUUAGCUGCAUCUUUAAAUCUUUUGUCUAUCUGUCUCCUGCAUUGCCAUCACUGAACUGAUAAUCAAACUUUUUUAGCUUUUCUUUCUGUCUUGUGUAGUACAGCGGGCUCUACUAAUACACAAAAAUCAGACAUACUUCUACCAUAGGAAGGAUACAGUAUAAACAAAUUAAGAGGAUAAUUCAUAUUAGUAUCAAUUUUAACAUAAAUCCUAGGUAGGGAGCCCCCCCCCCCCCAUUCUUAGACAAUAUUCAUCUUGCACAGAAACGCUCCUUUUAACAAGUAUAAAGUUAUUAAAACAAAUUUUAAAAAAAAAUAAACUCUUUAAAUAUAUCUAUAAUUGUAUUUUAGUAUCAAUUUUAACAUAAAUCCUAGGGAGGGAGCCCCCCCCCCCCCCAUUCUUAGACAAUAUUCAUCUUGCACAGAAACGCUACUUUUAACAAGUAUAAAGUUAUUAAAACAAAUUUUAAAAAAAAAUACACUCUUUAAAUAUAUCUAUAAUUGGAUGUUCUGUGCUUGCAAGAAGUACAUUAUUGAAACAUCAUUUUAUAUUUCUAUACCAAAUUUCAAAGUCUGGAAAUAAUUUAGUUGUUCACAGUUAGGUCAAUAAAUUUCAUGUUGAGUCCCUGUAUGUGUACAUUUCUUCAGAACAACGACUAACUCGCCCAUAAAUAGCGAAAUUGAAAUUAUGUGACAAGAUUAUUAGCAGUACCAGUAAUUAAUUUUUCUGUGAAAGAAAGCUUAUUGAUAUUUUUUUAAGAACCUUGAUUCUAGGACUGCUCUGGGAAAAAUGUGCUGUAACGAUUUUUUAAUACCAGGUAGUCAUUUAAAAUUGUUAAUGAUUUUAUUUUUUUAACACUACUUAUCAUACAUCUAAAAUAGAAAAUAACCCUAUUAACAAAAAUUGAAAAUAUAAGAAAAAUGAAAGUAUCCACACUCAUCUGACACAGCAGCUGGUUUCAUCUUUUACAUCUCCUCUUACAUAUAUAUUUAAAGGUUUUAAUUAUAAUUUUAAAUAAGUAAUAAAACAAAGUGUUUAAAGUAACUAAGGGGAUUACUUACUUACUUACUUACACCUUUCUACCCUGUCUGGGGCAUAGGCCGUCUACAAUAACUUUCCACUCACAAUGGUCCUGUGCUUUCCUUUCCAAUUGCUUCCAGGUGUAUGCCAUAUUUUGCGUGUCAGCCUCUAUCUCACAUCUCCAUGUAUUCUUAGGCCUUCCUCUCUUUCUUUUUCCCUGUGGGUACCAUGUUAGGCAUUGUCUGAUGGUGCUUUCUGGGGGUUUUCGGAGCGCAUGCCCUAUCCAUCUCCACCUUUUCUUUAUGAUAUCUUCAUCAAUGGGCACCUGGUGUGUCCUUUCUAGUAGAUCUUUGUUAUUGAUAGUAUUUGGCCAUUUGAUUUUCAGGAUCUUUCUAAGGGGAUUACAUUGGUAAUAUUCCCCUUAACGAUGAGAGGUGGUUGAGCCGAGAUGUGUGGCUUACACUGGUUUUUCUCUUGACAUUUGCAACUAGCUCAACUUAAGCUCAUUUAUUAGUAUGGUUAUUGGUAUUAACUCGUUUUCUCCUCAGUGACAAACCAAACAAUUUCUAACAUUUCAUCUCAUUCGUGAUAGUCUCUUUGCUUAGUAUAGCACUCUGCUUCAUCAGCAAACAGGUUGGAUUAUUUGUUAAUGAUUUAUAUAACUAGCAAAACACAAUUGCAACUGCACUAAGCAAAGUUAUAAAUUACAACAAAUUAGUCACCAUAAAUAUAUAAGGGUCUGUUACAUAAAGAAAUCUUGACAGUACCUGAGUAUCCACACGGGUUUAUGAGCUGUUAAUAAAAGAAUACUGUUUUACUUCCAUAAUGUUUUUUAUGACCUCAUUUCUCAGUGCAAAUGAGUGAAUGCAAUGUAUUCAUUGAUAUAUUAUUGUAGCUUGUACCUUGUGGCAUUCAUAUUUCUUUUGAACAUAAUUAUUUUAAUUUCUAUAUCAUAACUCAUAAAUUGUACCAUUAAAUGUGUUCACACAGUGUUCUGAAAUGUAUAAAUAUAAUGUUGAAAAUGAGCAUUUACUUUUGUCCAUGGAUAGAAUUUUAAAUGAAAUGUUUUCAGAUGAUCCUCUACUUUGUUGUUGUUUUUUUUUAUUGAAGUUAUUUAAUCAUGCAGGUAUCCCUGUGUGUGGUUUACACUGGAGGCAACAUUGGAAUCACCUAGUUAUUCACCACUGUAAAGAUGAAGUGCUGUUCUUAACCACUUUAGUUUGCAUGGUCCCGCUUUUCCUUUUAAAACCCCCUACUUAUCCCCAACACGCCACCCAUACUCACACCCACC